ACUCAGCCUUUUCUGGAACACGUUCAACUUCACUGAACAACCCCAAAAAACCGAUCCAAAAAAGUAAGACUUGAAGAGGAAGGAAGACAAGAAAAAAAAAAGAGAAAAAAAACAAGAGGUGCUCCAAACUUCUACUCACCGCUAUCUGCAAAGAGUUGUCUUCCGGUUUUGACUUUUUUUUGCGAGCACUGCAAGAGAAAACCCUACAAAGCACAAAGUUGAACGUGAGAAAUGUGAAGCUACCGGCUUGUUUUUUUUUUUCCAACCAGGCGCCAGGAUUCCCUAUUAAUCCAUGCAGUACAGUGCAAUGGUACGUGAACGUGGAUUUUUCCUUUUAAAUGUUUUAAUAGUACAUGUGUGAUUCAUUCCUAUGUUAUAUUCUGUCCUGUCCUUGCUGUGAUUAAGAAAUGUGGAGAAGUGGGUUAAGUUAACAGGGACCACAACAUUGGCACGGUCUGGCCUAAAUUGUACUAAACUUGGCACAUGUUCUCCGGCAGCCUAUGUUAACUUCCCAUUCCCCCUUAAUUUGGCAUAUGAACUCAAUGUGGACUGUUGACAGCACUGUGGGACACACAAACACAAACAGCACACACUCUGAUCUAGAAAGUAGCAAUAUCAAACCUCCAGUCUUUGGUGCAGUUGCGCUGAUUUUACGCUGAUUUUACGCAUACACCUUGCUUAGUUAAGAGUGUUGUUAACUUUGUGAGAUUUUGGCCCAGGUUUUCAAGUAUCAAGCCAGUCUAAUGACAAAAAAAGAAAGAAAAUCAAGAUUAAUUCCCUCCUUAAAUAAAAAAAGUCAAGAAAUAAAGUUUCAAGUUAGUCUAAUAGGCUAAUUUUUAAGUUAAUUUGUUAUUUCAUUUGAGUUGGGGGGCUUCCAAAGUGGAAUUGAAGUAAAUAAAUAAUGUCACGAACCUUAUCCUAAUCUAAGAUCAAUUUUAAGGGACUUUACAAAAAUAUAAAUUCCCAUGGACCUUUCUUGCUUAAACGUAAAUGAAACGUUACAAAGACGUAAAGUUCGCGUCUAAUGCGCGUCAAAUUGUGUAAACUGUAAAAGCAGCGAGCUUUGCGCGUGCAGCUGACACGGAGCUUGCGGGGGUAAAGGGUGCCAGAUCUGCAGAGGGGGGAAAAGUGUCCCUUUUUCCGGGUCUGAAUGCGCUCCAGGCUUUGGUUCAAAGUCUCUUGAAAGCUAAUAAAAAAUCAGCUGGAUUGAUUGGGGAAAUGAACUGUACGCUGCGUUUACAGAUAGCCGAAGAGGAGAAGAAGGUGUUGGAUUGUUGAUAGGGGCAGUGUGAGUGUGUGUGUGCGAGAGAGGAGGAGGAGGAGUGUGACUGUGUAAUUACGUGGGUGAAAAAAAAAAGAAAAAAGUUGGGUCUGAUUUGCUGGAAUCGCGCAGGACCGAAGGUGCGCCGGUCGAUUUCAUAUCAACUUUGGUGAAAGCAGGGGUGAACAUCACACACUCGGCGCCCUCUGAAGAUCCCCACAAUGCUUUUAUGAAGGAGAUUUCACAGCACCGAGACGCGCAAAGAGCCCGUGUUGUAGUGGAGUACGCAGCAGCAGCAGCAGCAGCAGAAGCAGCAAACCCGUUUUGCACCGGCUCCACGAGUCCAAUCUCCAAGCGCUCGCUGUGCAUGUCAACUUAGUAAAAAAAAAAUCAGCUUAUUACCCUCUUCUCUCUGCGGAGACGACAAUCUUUGGAUCGCAAAAUUUCAUGGAUGUUCGUGGAUAAUCAGUGGCUUUUUUACGCGGAUAGCUGCCCCCCGGUCUUGCAUGGUGCACAUCGGUCCAGGAAUGGCGCGAUAAAGUGAUCAGAGGAAUCAGUCCAAGUGCUUUCUCUCUCUCUCUCUCUUCGUUGCCGUCUCGUCAUGUAUUCCCCGAUUUGUCUUACUCAGGUAUUUGUGUCCUUUUUUUAAAUAUUUACAUUAGAUUGUUGUGAUUUGCAUAUUUUGCAUAAACUUGUUACAACUGUGCAUGUUCAGGGAAUUUGAAGUUCUGUGCGUACUUUGGAAAUACUUUCACAAUUAAUAACGACAACAACCACAUUUUGCUUUACGAGAUAGAAAAUUAUCCAAAACGGUGCCAAAUUCCAGUUUCAAUUCCAAUACGCACAAUUUGGAUUUUUUUUUCUUCAGACCAAAGUCCCAUCAAACACGUUGAAUAAUCGUGCAGGACGCGUAAAAAGUCACCAAAAUGUCAAUCUUUACGCGUUUUUGUGCGUAAAGCUGAAUUACAUCCAAUCAAUCCAGACUGUCAUCAUUGUGCGCAUUCGGUGCAGGUAUGCGCAUUUUCCCAUAGGUUUAAUUAAGUUAUUUGCGUCCUCCAAUAACCUCACACACACACUUUCCCAGCCUUACUUGCGCUGUGUUUGUAUUUUUUUCUCCCACGUGUAUAUAUUUUUUUAUAUAAAGUUAAAACCCCUAUACUUUGCGGUGAAAAAGUUGGAUGAAGAUAAAGCAACUUUCACUGUAGGAAGAUCAAACGCAUGAUAAGGUUGAUUCAGUGGUUGGACAGAGUAGCUGACUGUUUUGGCUGACUCAGUUUUACUGUUUAUAUUUUACUUGGCAUAAGUAAGUGAUUGACUGAGAUGUGGUUUAGUUUGUACUUAAGAGGAUUGUGCUUUUAUGGCCCCAGCUGAAGUGCACAGCAUAGGCCCCGGCCAAGUCAUUUAUCUUUACAGCAUUUGGCUUUAGCCUGCUUUCAAAAAUCAACAGUAUAUUUAAAGUUGAAACUUGAUUUGAAAAGGAUUUUAGAAACAGUUGCUGCCGUUCAUAUUUACCUACAUUUACUGCUUACUUUUGUCAGUUAAGCGAGGAGAUGACAUUUAAAAGGUCCUCUGAAUGUCUACUUUAAGAAGUCUUUAGAAAUAUAAUUAGUUUAAAAACUACAAAACCUGGAGUACAAAUAGUUAAUUCACACUUUUUAAUAAUUAGUAUAUUUUGACAUUACUUUGCUGGAGCGGAGUUUUAUUGGCCCGAAAGUGCAGACCAGAAAUGUGGCUUCUCAGCGGCAGGCACACAGAUAGGGAGUGGAUUUCUGUGGUUUCCCUACAGCCCGCCUGCCCUGCUGCCUACGAAAAGCACAAUAUGUGGUUUAACUCUUCAAACGCCCCGCUGGAAAAAGGGGGUCUGCUUGUACUUAUUAAAUUUGACAUUUUUAAGGCUUAAAAAAAAAAAAAGAAAAGAUAGGUUAAUGUUUCCAUUUGUCACUCGCUGCUGCUGUAAUUCCUAAAGUCUCUUAAAUCAUCCACACCGUCCUGUGCAUUCCUUCACCUACAGAGAACAAGCAUUUAGAGAUUUAUUUUAUUUGCCUGUAGGCCUGUAAACGGCUGAGUUACCGUAGAAAUUCUAGUGUUUUGAUUUUUACACACAGGAUAAAAAAAUCAGUUAAAUUCAGAGUGAGAAAUACUCUUUUUUUGACACGUAUACUAAGUAAAGUGUUAGAUUUAAAUUUAAGAUGAUGCUUUGGGACUUCAUGUUAAACACUCAAUAUAUAAACUCAAUAUAACAUAUAAGUAUUGUUAAAAAAUAUAUACCAUUUCCUAAAAAUUAGAGUGUAAAAUGAUUUAUUAUUCAAAAACCUCCUACCUGGCAGAAAAUGUUCAAGUUUGUCAAGAUUUGAUCACCACUGAUUAACCUCAGGGUUUUCGAACUGAAGCAUGACGAGUAAACUUCAACACUUGACAAUAAUUUGCUGCGAACUUUGAACCGAGUCCUUACUCAACCUUUUCAAAUUCCUUUCAAAUCAGUUGCUUAUUUUAAUAAGCUGCUUUUCUGCUCUGCUUGGGUUUUUCACGCAUUUUGUGUUUAAUACAAGAGAGCGUGAAUCUCCUUUAUCCUACUUUUUUUUGUCUUUUUUUUUUUUGUUUUCUCCUGAAAUUUUCCUGCUUAUCCUCCAUCCUUUUUUGAACAGGGGAUGAGUUAAAGAGUGGAAUUUGGACAGUUUUAUAAGAGAAAUGAAACAGUGAGGGAGGCAUGCUCCCUGCAGCAGCAGCAGCACAGGAGUCCCGCUCAGAGCAUGCUCGGGAAACGAGAGCAGAGACCCGAGUGCUUUCAGUCACUGAGCUCGCUGCUAUUGUUGUGCUGGCAGUUUAAAUAAACAGUGGAACGUCCUUGUCAUACCUGCAGUACACACAGAUACACGCAGGAUGGUAAAACUGCUGUAAUGUGAAGAGAAAGUUCUUCAUUUUAAGCUGUAGAAACUUCCAAUAAGAUGUUGUGUGUCUGAUUAUGUGCAGUUGUUUAUUUGUGGUCUGACUCCCCUGCUGCCUCAGAUUAGUAGCUGACUAAACCCAUAUUUCUUUCCCAUGCUUUAUGACAUGAGUUUCUGCUUACAGUUCUCUCCCUUCUCUCUCCCUUCUGUGUCCCUCGGAUGCUCCAGGAUGAAUUUCAUCCCUUCAUCGAGGCACUUCUUCCUCACGUCCGUGCCAUCGCCUACACGUGGUUCAACCUCCAGGCCAGAAAACGCAAGUACUUCAAGAAGCACGAGAAGAGGAUGUCCAAGGACGAGGAGCGCGCCGUGAAGGACGAGCUCCUGAGUGAGAAGCCGGAGGUGAAGCAGAAAUGGGCAUCCAGGCUGCUGGCCAAGCUGCGUAAGGACAUUCGGCAGGAGUACCGGGAGGACUUUGUCCUCAGCGUGACGGGGAAAAAGCACCCGUGCUGCGUGCUCUCCAACCCGGACCAGAAGGGCAAGAUCCGCCGGAUCGACUGUUUGCGGCAGGCCGACAAAGUCUGGCGCCUGGACCUGGUGAUGGUCAUCCUCUUCAAAGGCAUCCCUCUGGAAAGUACAGACGGGGAACGCCUCGUCAAGUCUCCACUUUGCAGCAACCCAGCACUUUGUGUCCAGCCUCACCACAUUACAGUAUCGGUCAAGGAGCUGGACUUGUUUCUAGCAUACUAUGUCCAGGACCAAGGUAGGUUUAAGCGCACACUGUACGUGUUUGUUACUCUGUGUAUGUGUGUGAGCGAACACACGUGUGUGAAUGAUGGCUUGGCAGGGUCAAGGGUCACAUGUGUUACUUUUUGGCAUGGCUUACAAAGACUGGCUGAAAUCACCUCUCCACAUUCGCCAGACAAAUAAACACGAGAAAUACAAUCAUCAGCGCUGCAUAGAAGCUGCAUAUGAUUUUAUAUGAUCGGGGUUUAUAACCAAACAAAAAGACAAACAGCGCUCGAUAUAAAACCUUGAACAUGUUUUAUAUGUUCUUUUGCUCUGCUUCACUCCAGCAGCAGCAGCUUUUACUCCUGUCCAGCCAUUAUUCACUUUCUGUUAUUUGGAGAGGGUGUUUUUUUUUCUCUCGUACACACUCAAACAGACAGGCUUGUGAAAUAACACACAGUGUGAACAUGUUCUAUUUCGAGGAUUCUUUGUUGAGACUUUUGUGGAAAGCUGCAUCUCGCUGAAAUUAAAAACGUCUUUUUCAGUAGCUUAUAUUUUUUAUACUUCUUCUAGGCUACAGUGACACAGGAUUCUUAUACAAAAGGUUGUUUUUUACAGAUCUGGGGUGAAUUAAUAGAUUAGUUAAAAACUCUUGGCCUUACCAUGCAGAAAAGAAAUAAUGUAAUUUACAAAAUAAAAUCACAGCAAAUUAUUUUACAAAUUAGAUUCCUCCUCUUUAAAAAUGUUUGAACGAAAAAAAGUCGCAAAAUUAGGGUGUUUUAAAAUUUAAGUGCAUUUUAUAUAUAUAUUUCUAUACAUACAUGAGGAAUUAUGUGUGAUAUUAACAGUCCUCUAAAUUUGAUUGUAUUUGUGCCAAAGUAAAAAAAUUCAUCCUUCAUUUCCUAAAAAAAAAAAAAUCUGGUUCCUAAGUCGAUGCAGUACCUGGUGUCCUGAUGUUUUUUUUUAUUUAUUCUUCUAAGACAGCGUGAAAUAACAGGAUAAACCUGUUACAAAGUGCUUGCAGCAGUUCUAAUACACACUUUUUUUCAACUUCAAAAACGAGUCUUAAGUAUUUAUUUGUCUAUUAUUUAAAACUAAAGUGCAACUCUCAAAUGAAGUGUUGGGGAUUACAGCUAAAAUAUAUCGUUGGAAAUGAGUUUUUGUGGUUCAUAACUGGCUUUCUUUACUGUAACGUGACAGCGAUAAACUGAGAAAGUUCACCUGCUUUAGGAGAAAAUCACUCGUUUAAAUCUGAUGUCUGAUAUUAGGUUUAAAUAGAGGAGGAAAAGAGAGAAAAAGCAGAAAAAUGCACGAGUAUUGUUCAAUCAGAGGUAAAUCUGCUAUCUAAUCUUCAUUUGUAUUCUGUUCCAGACACAUACUGUUUUAUUUUUUAUUAUUUUUUGCAGAAUUCAAGGUCGUAUUCUGGAAAAUAAAAAAAAGUCAGUCUGUAUUUUUGAGUCAAUAGCAAAGUAGCUGGUUACAGAGAAGAACUAUUCCUGUCCUCCUCAGUUUUAAACCUCUUGUUAUCCGUUGGUACCGCAGGAAACCCCCGCUAUAGUAUUCCCUGUAAAUUCCCUUGUAUCAAAUCUACUGCAGCAACACUGAAUAACCACCAAUUCUUUGCCACUGAGGGAGAAAUGGUGCUAUAGCUAGCUCAUUAUCAUCAAACCCUGAGCGCCAUUUUGUGUUUGAUAAGUGCCAGGGAAAGCAGAAGGCACUGCACACAGACAAUAAUGGUUGCCACUGGCACCGGGGUUGGCAUCAGACCCUCUUUUGUGUCUUUUGUAGGAUGCCACCGCUUCUCUAGUUUGCAUCUGCUGCGUUUUUUAACUGUUCAGCACCAACUUGAGAAUGGCUCUUUAGUGCCGUUUUCAAUGAUACGCUCCAUUUAGAUGAUAUGUUAAAGCUUGUAUUGUCUAGAACAGACUCAGCUCUCCUUUAAAAAGGUAAAUGUAUUUCGCUUUAGAGGAAAACUACAAUUUCUGUCAAGAGGUUUCAUUUGAGGGUUUAAAAUUAAUUUUGAACACGAUGUUCCUUUUUCGCGAGGAGACUUGAUUCCACUUGGACGCAACUUCGCAUUGUGGAUCAGAGCGAUUAUUUACCGUUGUCCUCAAAUUUCAGUGAGUUGAAACUUUGGCAAAUACAGAAUGGCAUUCUUUCGCCCGGAUCACAGAGACAGCCAUGCUUUUUCCCCCUUUUUUCGUUUUUUCUACAAGCUUAAGUGUCCUUUUUCCUUUCUUCAAGUUACCGAGCAGUGCCCGCUUCCAGACAAUGCAGCCAUAUUGUGGUAGCGUGUGGUGCGCCGCCAUUUUGUUUUGCUCGGUGCCAGGGAGGCAGGCAAAUCACCAGUAAUGGUUGUUAGAGGUUUGGAGGUUGGCAUCAAACCCUCUUUGUCUGCUUGCAGCAUGCCUUUGAUUCGUUGGUUGGCAUCCGCAAUGCAGUGGGCACGUUGGAAAGUUUUUUGACAGUGGCAGAAUGGAAGCCGCCGCCUUUGUUCUGCUGCAACUGCACGAAACAAACAAACAUACAAUCAAAUACAAAGAAAGUAGCAAACGGCUCAGUCUGGAACAAAACCUCAUUUUUGUGCAAACUGCUGAAAAAAAAGCAGUCCGGUCCGUGUUUUUAAAGUGUUCUCUGAGUCCUGCUACCUGGCAGUGGCUCGCUUCUACUGUGUUGUGUAACCGGAUGACAUAAAAAUCUGUUUUAAUUAUCUACCUACAGCAUUUUCUGCUACUUUUUGGAGGCGAAAACCAGUAAGGUCAGAGUGUAUUUGUUUGUGACUGCGGUGCGUUCCUGCCUGAGAAAGGUCGGCGGGGUUGGCAGCAAGUGUGCGGGGUGAAUUUAGAGAGGGCACUCAGCCCCCUUGUUCUGGGGCACAGACGCGUUUAGCCAGGCAGGGCUGUAGCACCCAUGUGCAUGCCCAGAUGAAUGCCCGCUGGGAAGUAGGCUGGGGGCUGGGAGUGGGGGCUGUGGCAUCCAUUGUGCCAACUGGCAGGCCGCGUUCAAUACAGGCCCUGGCUUCUCACACUCACACGCUGUUGUUGUUUUACUCCAUUGCGCUGUUUUAAACACAAAGUGCAUCUCUAUGUUUUUUUUUUUCUUGAAAUCAUUGCCUUUCCCCCCCUGAAUCCAUAUUUUGCAUAUCCAGUUUGACAGCUUGAUGGAAUAGCUGUAACAAGGCAUGCAGAUGAUAGUCAUGUUAGGACAUGUUAGAAUACUCUAGGCCUCGUUUGUAUUGGGUUUUGUUAAGCUGCUCAUUACUAUUGUAUUCAGGGAGAGUUCUCGGCUCUGCUUGUUUAUAUGCCUCGUUCAUAAAUUACACACUUUGUAUCAUAAAUAUAGUGAUGAAAAUACUUUCCAUGAAGCUACGCAUCGAGAUAUUUGAAAAAGUUAAGGAAGCUUUCGGUUAAAGAUUUUUUUAAUUGUAGUGACAUAGGAACAGUAAUGAAAUUCAGAAUCAAAACGGUGGAUUUCCUCCUCCUCCUUCUCCUCCUCUCAAGUGACAGAGAGGAUUUCUGAAGCAGACCAAUUGGCUGAAAAAGUCAGGGUCAAGCAGCCCUCCUAUUACUCUGGAGGUUAACACAACCAUAAAACAUGAUUACCUUGACUUUUUUUUUUUUCCCCCUUUCGCUAAUGCAUUUUUUUUCCACAGUGUCAUGAUAGUUUGUGGAAAUGGAUGGAUUACGUCUGAACGCACGCCGCCGUGCUAAUGGAGACCUUGUUUUACGAGCGCCUGACUUAACCUCUGCCCCCGAGGUCACGGCCUUUGCGACGGGAUGUGGCGGGUGUCCUCUGAAGUUUAAUUGAGCAAAACAGAUCAGUGAAAACACGUCGUUUGCGAAGGCUGGAGGCACGUGGAGGAGGAAGGCUUUUCUGCCUGGUGGGGGGGUGGUUGUGGUCAGGGGGAGAGGCAGGAGAGCUGAUCGUAAGCCCCCCUUGUUGACCUCUUCUAUCGGGGUCAAACUGCGGCGGUUGCGGAUCACUGGUGGUCCCUUGGCAACUGUUUGUCUCCACUCCCCCGGCUCUACUUCUGGUCUGGCUGGUGGUCCUCCCUUGGUUCACUGGCUUAAGUGAAGGGGAGUAGGUACCACUGACUCCCCUCAACUUCUAAACCCCCCUUCCCUUUCCUUUCUUGAUACCUCCAUCCCCGGUUCCUGUCCUCAAGUCCGGCCACAGCCAUGCUGUGUUUGCGAGCUGUUUGCAUCUUGUUUUACGCCUGGCUGCCUCAGAGGCUUUGGUCAGGCGGCCAGUGCGGAGGCCUGACCUUGUGGGUCACAGUGGAGGUCUGUGACUAAGCACAACAUCCAUCCCUCCCUCCUCUUCAUCCCCUUAUCCUCCUCUGCCAUCAGGAAUCACCCCUGCGGCACGCUGCCCGGCCAAACGACUCUCUCCCUCUCUCUCUCUCUCUCCUUCUCUCUUUUUUCCUUUUUCUCGCUCCCUGGCUUUGCCUCAAGCCCGAGACUCCAACCAUGACAGCUGUCCCAGGCCCAGGCACUUGGCCAGAGAAGGGGUGGCUGGGUUCAUGCCAGAAGUGUGAAACAAAAGUUGUUGCAAGCAGACAGCGUUAAAGACACUACCGCUUGUCUUCCUUUUUUGGUUUCAUCAGAUACACAUUCAGAUUUAUAAAGAUAUCCCCCGCUUCCUUUUUUUUCUGCGGAGACUGUUUCGGAAAAGACUCAGAAAUGGUUUCUUUUGGUAGCGGAGUGGGAUUUUUAUUUUUAGAUGCGAAUUUUAACAGUGAACAGAAUCAGUACAAUCGUAAAAUACAAAUCCUGGGAAAAACCCUAACCGUUGACUCCAGAGCCAUAUAGAAAAACUCUUCAGAUUGAACCGCACAACCCUGUGCUUAGCUUCCAUUCUGGCUUCCUUAUUAGUAUGCAAUAGAGCCUGCGGUGUCUGGCUACCUCUCUCUCAGAGCCAUAACCUAUCGAACACAUUCUCUCAAUCUAAUCCACUUAGAACUCCCUCCCAGCUUCACCGCUUGCCUUAUUGAUUUCCGCUUCCCACUAAAUGUCUUCCCGAUCCUUUUUCUCUUAACCCUGGAGCUAUUUAUGUUUUGCUGUGUUCUUUCCUUCGCUCUCGCUCUCCUUCUUCUCCUCUUUUCACCCCUUCUUUCUUCUUUCUUUCUCUCUCGAUUUCUCCGCUCUCUCUCUCCAGGAUCUUUGCAUGUUUGUGAUCUCCUGACUCCCCUCUCUGCCUUCUUUCCCCUCCUGGUCUUUCUCAAACACUAACCGGUGUGCGGUGCAGCCAGGUUGCCUGGCUCAGUAUGAAGCUUGUGUUAUUAGCAGCAGGGUUUUGCUCGAGCAAAUACCUCAAGGCUUAAACAGGCCAUGUUACCUCCUUAGCCCUCUUUUGUGUGCCAUGUGUACAUAAAUCUCCAUGGAAACAAGGCAACUCGGAGCAGAGGCCACUGAGAAAUGUGGAUGCCUUCUUUCUCAACAAAAUUUACUACUCCCUCUUUUCCUCUUUUACAGCGUGUUUAAUUUGCUUGAGUCACAGCUAAUGCUGUUGCAUCCUUCAAAAAAUGGGAAAGGUCUUUUUUUGGCUCUAAAGGGGAAUUUAAAGUCUUUUUUUUUUCUUUACGCAUGCUUCGGCUCAGAUUAGCAUUUGUGGCUGCACUUGGUUAAGGACCAUAGUUUGUGUCAUUAGACUAUGGUUAAGACCUCAGCUUCCCCACACUUUCCCAGGCUUUCGGGGAGGACCCCAAAUACAUUUCAAAUCCCCCCGAGGCCACUUGACUGGAGGACCGGCACCUCCCACUCCUCCCGGAUAGACUCCCCACCCCCACCCUGUCUGCCGGUCCUCCCAAAUGAAGACAAAUGGGUACAUUCACCCCUGUCCCAGGCACUACACUGUACCUCACUGUCCUGCCUUACAAAGCGGACCCUCCCUGUGCCCUGAGCUUCUCCGUCCAGCCCAUGCCCAUCUCUUCUUUGCCAUCCUACAAGAACUUGUUGUUCCGUCUUGCCUGGUCAUGUAGACUGCUAUAUCAGAAGAAGGAAAAGAGGAGAAACCAAAGCCUCACAUGGGAAAUUCAGGUGACAAUGUCUUCUGGCCACAUUUUUUAAGUCAGUCAGUGGAAAAGAAUCCUCAAGCACCAGACCUUUAUGCAAAAGCCAGUCUCCUUUGCCCAGGAAGGAGUCUUUUGAACAACCAAUGAAGGGAGGAGAAAAAAAAAACGGGAAGGGUAGUAGGUGGGGUGUGAUGGGGAACUUCAGGCAGGGACAGACAAUCAGAGUGGUUGCCCAGGAGACACUAACUUCUCUGUGCGCCCUUACCCCCCCCUUCCUGCCUCACCCCAUCAAAGUCUUUUCAGUCCAGACAGGGCCGAUCAGUGGCCCAGAGUGAUGGUUGUCUCUUCUUUUGUCUGGCGGUACAGUACGGCCCAUCACUGUGACGGCUCGACAAGACCUGAGCAGGACAGAAAAAAAAAAUGUUCCACCAUCACAGCGCAGUGCAAAAUGUCCUUUUUGGGUGGGCAUGUUGCUGUUUGGGGUGGGGCGCGAAUCCCCUGAGGGUUUCUUUCUAAUGUCAGUGCAGCAGGUCAAAGAGGGGAUAUGGUGUCUGGGGCUUGGGAAUGGCCUGCUUGGGACGGAUUCAUCAGCGCCCCAUUGAGUUGUCAAGGCUAGCCAAAGAGCUUCAACUCCUCCCUCACAUAUGUCAGGUCCUCUCUUCCAAAAAAAGCUGCAAAAUCUAGAAACGAAAUCUUGACUGGUCCAGUCGUGGAUGCCAUAUGCUGUAACCAAUUCAACCCCCUGUUUGCUUGUUUAUUUUUAUGAACCCAUACUGGAAGGAAAGUUAUAGGAAUGCUAAAAAAUGACAGGAGAGUAGGAAAAAGCAGUUUAUUUCUUUUAGCACUUACAUAAACAUGCAGUUUAAGGGUUAUAUGAUUAAAGAAAGCCUUAUAGAGGGAACGACAGGAGGAGAGGAAAUAUGGACACCUUUGAUAGAACUACUUUAAAAUCUCAUGCCUCAGCAUCGACAAACAGGAGGUGUUACAGAUUUUCAACACGGACACCUCUUCUAUCGUAUAUGUAUCCUGUCAAUCCACAAACUAAUACAGUGUACAUUAAGAGAGAAACUUCAUAUUUUAUACAUAGCUUCCUUCCAAGUUUCUUCAUAAAUAUGUGGCUUUAAAGGUCCUAUAAGAAGUAUUGCCAUGUUUGUGAGAAAGACUAAACUACGUAUUAAUGCCUUUUCCUGUUAUCUAAAAGCAAACAAGACCAUCAGCUACAAUAAUGCAGGUUUUUAUCUAAAUUUAUUUGCUGAAAAUACUAUCUCAGCAUGUCACACAAAGAAACAACCUCUGCAUUUUUGCUUCACCAUUCUUAUAUCCAAGUUUCCAUCAAGCUGCAUAAAGCUUAUACAGUAGUUUCAGUAACUUUGGGUUGCAGGGAGCUUUAUGUUUUGCACUAUAGGUACGUGGUUCUGUUAGGACAAGGGUUUCGUUUUUAAACAUGGUGGGCUGUACUUCAGCAACUUCAAUUAGUGUCACAACAUGCAGGGUUAAACAAAGAAAUAGACCCAAUGCAGAACAAAAAAUGAUUGAAUUAAAAGAAGUAAAUUAAAAAAAGCCACAAAAGAGUAAAAUCCACAAAAACAAUCAUAUUCAUCGACAUACAGACAUAUAAUGAACCAACAAGGACAGAGGGGAAGACAGGGACUAUAUACACACGCUGGAUAACGAGCAACAGGUGAGGCAAACGAGACACAGGUGAAACUCAUGGGUGAUUAACGAAGGAGGGAAAACUAGGGAAGUAAAACCAGACUAGAAACACAAGGGCUGUGUCCGAAAUGGAUCCCUAACCCCUAUAUAGGUGACUAUAUGGGGGAUAGCGCCAUUUUGAGGGGUGUCCGAAACCUGAGUGAUCAAUUCCAGUGCCUUUUAAAUAGAUUAUUAAUUCAUUGUUGUUUUAUUUUAUUUUUUUAUUUCACAAACAUCCUGGAAAAACAAAUACAUCUAUACAACAUCAUAAACUUAUCAAGAGAUGAACUUAACAACAGACGCAACUUCAGACGCCGCAGUCUGAGCAGUGACGUCACAACAGUGGGACAUGUAGUGUCCGAAACAUCCAGUAAUUGAGCUCACUACAUAGUCAGCUAUAUAGUGAAACCCCAUAUGGGGGUUAGGGGUUAGGGAUUGAGUGAUUCAUUUUGGACACAGCCAAGGUAUCAACUACUACAAAAUAAAACAGGAAACUGAUCUAAAGAAUAAAACACAGAGAAUAGGAGGGAAACAGGGUCAAACACAAAUUUACAAGACAGGUACACUCAAAUAACAAAACCAGGGAAAAACUAAAUUAACAGAACAUAUCCUGACAAUCAAAAAUUGUUUGUUUUUAGUUAAUAAAUCUUGUCAAGUGCAGGUUUGAUGCAGGUUGUUGUGUGACUGAAGAUAAAUUGGUCACGGCCAGGUGAUCCGGUACCUUACAGCUAUCAAAGUUACCAGUCCAAGCAUACAGACUGCUCUGUUUGCUAGCAGGAUUGCAAACUCCACAUGGUGAAAACAGAUGGUGCUACAAAGAGCUAUCCCGCUGCACAGAUACUGCAUGUGAAUUCUGUUGAAUGCGGUUGAAAUCAGGGAGAAAGCUAAAACCUUUCCCCCUCCAAAAGCGACCAUCGUACUUUUACUAGGAAAAUAAGUGGCUUUUUACCACGAUGGCCCUUAAGGUCCAUAUGUUUUGUUUCCAAAUAGAUGGAACUCCUCUCAAAUUAGCCUGUUUUUGCUUGCACGAGGCUUAAAAAACCCCUUCUAAAAAUUUUUAUGCAAACACAAAAAUGCACACAUGUGGACACACGCUUAAACUCAUACAGCCAUGUACAUGUGCGUGCAGAAUACCGUGAACUCAUUUAAUGCUCAAAUCAGAUCAUUGCUCACCUGCACUUCAGCUCAGUAGACUGCAUUUAGACUCAAUGAGCCGCAACUUCUCAAUAACAACAGCGCUCUAGCAUCUGUCGGGCAAAAAUUGAAAGUGAGAGCUCUUAAAAGGCUUGUUCCGGAUUUACCAAGUCAAGAUUGUAAUUAGGCCUCCAACAUGUGCGCAGACCAACAACCCACAAUUACACUGCGGAUUCCUACCAAAAAAUAACUCUACUCCACUCAAGCCCUUGUUUAAGGUUGUAGCCCACAUUACCGAGGAUAUUUGGCUUACAGGAGGGCAUUAGGCUGUAAUAGUGCUUAAUUUUUUUGUUAUCUCUACAGAGCCCUCCCCUGUCAUCUGUCUAAUUAAAAACAGGCCGUCUAAUUCUGUGACGCUACAGCUGAUCUUUGUUCAGACAAAUCGUUUCCAACCUGUAGUCUGGGAUAUCUGCGGAGCUUUUAAAGCAGCUAUUUAUUGACCCCAGUUGACUUACAGAUGGCUAAAUGAGUAAUGCUCAAUCACAUCAUCUCAUAUGGGAUCCCAGCUGAGUCUGUUUGGUGUUUCUCCUGAACAUCUUCAUCUGCUUAUGAAUUUCUGUUUCACAAACUAUUAGCUGCUCACCAGACGUUUUUUUUUUUUUCUUUUUCUUCUUCCCUUUUUCUGUGAAACCUCUGGCUGUAACUUGCGUUGCCAUGUGUGUCUUGUUAAGGGCAGUUAUGACAAAUGGCAGCAGCUGUACAAACUAAUCUCUCUGUAGCUUUCACACAUGGCGCCCAAUUAACAAUGGACCACUGUGGGGCCCUAAUCCACAGUGCAGCCAUCCUCUGGUCCCGCUCGCUGAGCCAACAGCCCCAGGAGACUCUUCUCCUCUACACUCCUGUUAGCCAGCCUCUAACUUCAUUCAGAUGGGAGCACCGUGAGGGAGUCGGGGCACAUCACGCGGUAGCCAUCUUGUUUGUUUCCAUGCUGGGAAUCCUGGUUCCUGGCGCUUAAGAGCCCUGGUUUUAUUUGACACUUAAGAGUUCUCUUGGAUUAAGUUACAGCCCUGAAAGAACAAACUGCAUCUGCAGGCUAUAAGUACAGUAUAUUUGCAUGUUUGAACUCAGAUGCUCACACGUACACAUGAACUCACGUGUAUUCAGCUUGUAUGCAUGCAUUAAAACACAUGCAAGCAGCUGCAGUCGAUAGAUUUAGCAAAGUGGUGGCUGAUCCGGUGGGUGGGAGCAGAGUGUUUGAACGUGUGUGUGUAUGUGUGAUAUAACUCGACUGUCAGUGGGCAUCGUUCCAGUACUUGUAUGAUGAUAAACUGCUGUUUCUUGAGGCCUUAGAUAGCUGAAUGCACUGUGUAAUGCACUUAAAGUGUGAUGGGGAGUGCUUUACAGGGUGCAUUCACUAACCUCUGCAAUCUUAAAGAACAGUAUAGUAAAAACUCAGGGGGGAUGUAAGCCCACACACUCUGUACUUACUGAUUUUUUUGGAUUUAAUCCAACAUACGAGUCACAUACAUAAAUCCAAUAACAUCCAGCCUCUUCCCCAGAAAAGUUUCAACACAUGAAGUCUUUCUCUGCGUUAAGAGAACAGCAGCAGAUCUUUGUGGAAGUAUUUCUGGCUCUGUUUAAUAAUUCCAACAUUGAAUUACUGCAACUUUAAGAAAAAGUCACUCGGAUCAAAACCAGCGUGAAUUGUUGUUUCCUCAUUUUCUUCCCUCUGAUGCAAAACAAAGCCACAAACGGGAGCUUGAGCCUCAAAAGGGGUGUUGAAGGGUCGACGGCCAUCAGGAAAACGAUGCCGGUCCCUGCCAAAUCUAUGACAUGAAUGAAACAAAUGGAUGAAGGAAAAUGAAAAUGGUCGGGGUGUGAUCUCUGGCAGGCAGCGCAAAACCUUUGCCAACUGUUAUGAAUGGGAAACCGCUGCUGAGCUAAUGAAAAAAAAAAAAAAAAAGACAGAAAGAAAGAAAGAACUUACUUUUUUCAUCCUCCUUCCAAGAAUAAUUAACCGUGCGCAAGCCUUCUGGUGGGGGUGGAGAAAACCACAAGACACUUGACCAACAUUACACAGCGGAGGGAGACAGUGAAACAUACAGAGGAGAGACAGAAAAGGAGUUUUAUUUUGGGGAUGAAGUCAAAUUGUUUGUUAUUCUUUGCCUUGAAAAAAGCAAAACAAAAAGCAGAGCCAAACUGCAGCUGCGGCGCAUUUCUCUAAAAUUCAUAAACAUCUUUUUGGAUACUUAUAUGCACUCCUAUAAUUGUCACACACACUUCUUUACAUUGUGAGCUCGUAAAUCAGUUAUUUAGUCAACAAAAAUUUACUGCAGUUAUGGAUUGGUAACUGAUUAGAAGCGGUAAAAACAAAUUAAAACAGAUUUUUAAGAUCUUAAUGAAGUUAAUAUUUGCGUUUUUGGGCUUUUGAGUAAUGAAUCCAUGAUAAAAAGUUGUACUUUUUUCCCCAUACUGCACGUAUUGUACUGUGCGUAUCUCUUCCAGCCUUCUCCAUGGGAUGACAUGAUGGAAAGAGCAGAAUGGAGGCCAGAUGUACGUUUAUAUAUAGGACCUGACAAGGGUACAAGGCAGGACACCAGGCAGAGGCGUUGCAUAUCACAUGCACCCUAUCACGUACACCACAUCCCGUAGUGAUAAGGACUAAAUGUACUGUAUGUAAAGCAAAGAAAAGAACAACUGUCAGUGAUGCGUGCAUGGUGCUGUGCUUCACUAUGGCAGAGGGGUUUCAGUGCUGAUGGAAGAAGCAGAGGAAAGAUGCAAAAAGUUACAGGGUAAAGUUGCAAAAGUUUAUUUUUUUAAUAAGCUUAUCAAAAUUGUGAGAUUGAAGUAAACGCCGGGGCUUUAUUUGUAGUGUUUCUUGUCACCCAGGGGCCUCCAGAUACAGACUUAACUCUAAUCCAUUAUCAAUUUGCCCCUGUACCCGAGAACAACAUUGUUUUUGUUUUACCGUUAAACCUUUUUUUAAUCGGCAUCUUGUAUGCCAUGGACGUCAUCCCACGCUGACAAAGAGCGCUCUGUUUAGAAGCAAAUGCAUGAAACAAAAAGUGGUUUCCCCAUUAUGGCAAUCAAAGCAAUGUUAUCAAUGAUCAACAUAUUCUCACCCAGAGACAGAGAGGAAGAAGAAAGCCCCAUUGACUGAUACUGCCUGCUAGGCCGGUCGCGCUGAUCUCCUGAAGAAAAGACCAGUCUUGCUGGUGGACCCCAGACCCCCUCCACUCUUCAUCUGCUUCCCCUCUCUUUGCCUUCUUCCCUCUAUAUAUGUCUCAAUACUUUGGGGAUCCUUGAAAAGGGGGGGUACUGAAGAAGAAGGCUGUGUGUGUGUGUGUGUGUAUUGUCGAGGUGCUGCCUGGCGACUCCAUCCCAUGCUGGUGGGGUAGGAGGAGAGGGGGCUGAAAAGACGGAGCCGUCACCUGCCAGACUGCUGGAAUGUUAAUGCCAUGGCUCUGAUAAUUGGAUUUUGUACACACCGUCUGUGAGGAACGUCCAGCAACUUUCCCCCUCUUAUUGUUCGACCCAGCCCUGGACCCUCAAUAGGGCUUGGCUAUGUUUAUACAAGCACUCACGUCUCAAUAAAGGCUGUUUACAAUGUGUGUGUGCGUGUGUGAGAGUGUGCGGCGUUGGAUUUUUGAAUCGUGGCGCGUUUGUGUGCGACAAGACGACUGAAAGGAGGGAAUCAGAUCGUCGAGAUUUGGCAAAUAUUAAAGAUAUUAAGAGAUUUGUCAGGUCUUAAAUUGGGAUUUUCACGAAGUUUUGGAGUGUUGCAGUGUGAUUCUGUAAACACUCGGAUUAAUGGUUUUAAAGUGGGACAUUCAAACCUCGCAGUUCUUGUUAUUAGCACCCUGCGUACAUGUUCAGAGCGCCACGCAGAGUCAAAGGUAGGCACACCCACUUUAAGGUCAAAGGUGAAGAGGAAGUGCUCCCUAUUGGCGGAGCGUGUCCGAGGCGUACAUGAUCUGGGAUCAUUAGGGAAGUUAUGGCUCUUGUUUGCGUUGGGGGGGAAGCUGGAAUCAGGCCGGGAGCUGUGACGCACUGGUUUCCCUCUCCCUGGCCUCCCGUGCUAUUUCCACCAGGCUGCAGCGGCUUGAGCUGGUUAAAUGUCUCGGCUGCACUGACCUAAAUUCUUCAUAUUCACCUCAGAAGACCCUUGCCUUAUCCAACCAACCGUUUUUUUUCCAUCCCUUUGGUCUUCCUAUGCAGUAAGCAUAUGCUUUGUUUGUAUAUUAAAGUCCUUUCCUGUACAUAAGGAAGCUACUAUUGGAAAAAAAGAAAAGUCAUACUAUUCCCAGCUGUACUCCCUCCAAGCAGAGCAGGGAGAAACAAUGACAGAGGUUUUUCUUUUGGCAGAGAGACUUGUUGUGGUUAGAUAAACAGACUCUAAUUGCAUUUAAUCUCUGUUAAAGUAAGGCAUUUGGAACAAUUACUUUGGUAUGUUUACCAAACAGCUGUUGUGUGGAUCGCUUUUUUCAGGAUGUAAUGGAUUUGGCUCACCUUGCUGGUUAGUGUGAAAAGAAGAUAGGCGCUACAUUAACUUAUGCAUGGGUUUGUAUUCAGGCUUCAGCUGUUACAGCGUAAAAAUCUAUUUAGUUUGGGCACAAUUUUAUUAAAGUUUAAUAGCUUUGGUCGCGUUUCAGAUUUCCAUUUUCUUGUAGUGUGCAACAGUGUGCUGCUUCUUUUAGAAAAUAAUCUAAAAGCACAGGUCAUUACCUCCAAUAGAUUUUUUAUUUUUAUAAAGUACAUCACUCUUACAAAGCAGUAUGUUCAAUUAAAGUGCAAUCACAAGCGUUUAGCUAAGAGGCAACAACUUUCUUAAUGGGCAAUAAAGCAGUGAAUUAAAAAUGUCUUUUUUGUGAUGUUACAACCAUCAAAACAAAAACCUUGUACAUGUGAGCGAGUGUGAUAAAAUAUGUCACUGAGCUGAUUUGCACCGAGAAGAUUCAGACAGCCUAGCUGUGUUGAUGCAGGUAGUAGCGCUGCAUAUUUAACCGCCGUCUUGCUCUUUUCCCUUUAACCUGGCGGUAGUGUGCUGUUGCAUAAACAAUAGUCUGGGCAGCCACCUUUGGGCUAUUGUAGCCUUCCACGUGGGUUGAACUCUGGCCAAGUGGAUGUUGUUGCAGAAGACGGCCCUGCAGCCAAACACACGAGCCAACCAGAGGCCUCCGUUCCAGGAGGCGAGUACUCACUGGACGAUACCCGAGGAUAGUAGUGUUUGACAGCACUUGGAUCGCGUUGAAGAACCCUGACUUUGAAAUUCAGACGGGGGAGGGUGAAUCAUCCACCGCGUACAAAAGUGUCCUAUUCCUCUGCAAAUGUCACAACUACACCAAAACUCACUUAGAGCCAGGGAUAAAACACUCAUGUAUGCAUGUGUAUGUGUGUGAUAUGAUAUGCUGCAUGUGCUAGUAUUCAUAAUGAGGUGUUGCAAAAUGCACGCUCCUUGCAUAUCUUGCUUGGCUCACCCACCACCUGUAUAAACAAAAGUGCUAUUGCGAAACGGUUCCAGGGAAAGACUCUUCCUGGGCUUGUUGUCAGAAUGAGGUCAGCGAACACUACUCUUUUCUCCCUCGUUUUCCCUCCUUCUCUCCGCCUCUCGCUGACUGCCUUAGUUGUACUUUGUCCUUCGAACUCGCGGGAGAAAUAAGGCCACUGGAUCAACUUCAAGCCAUUACUGUUGAUGCAGUCACUGUGGAUGUUCUUAUAGGUUGAGUGGCUAACUUACUUCUUAGUUAAGAAUAGAAGUCCAAAAAGUGGGUUAUAGAACUUUUUUUGUCUUCUUUAAUUGUAAAGAAGUAUAUUUAUUUUUAGAUUUAAUGUUAUUUUUAGCAUGUUUUGAAUAAUUUUGAAGGAUAAGGGAUAUUAUCUGGUGUAUCUUGAGUAUUAACAGGCAGGAGGUGUCUGUGCUAUGAUGUGGUUAUUCUAGCAAUCACAGUGCUGACUUUGGAGAAUCCUUAAGCACUGGUGGAUCCACUUGUGUAUUUUCUUUGGUUGGUAAUGAGGAUGGGGAGUUGCUCUAUAUGAAUUCUCCCAACAUGACAUCAUUUUAACCCCCCCACGAUCAUUUUACACCAUCCCGGCACAAAAGCAGUCUGAAAGAACUAAGAGAAGUACACAUGUAUCAUAUCAUUGAAGUUGAAGACGCACCUAAUCGCAACUCUCCACCCAACGCCAUGCUCCCAGAGGCACUGCUGGCGGACCACGUCGUGUCUGGAACACUGUAACAGGAUCUCCAGAGAGGAGCACAAAAUGGGAGCUUUGUGUCUAAGAUUUGUCCAGACAAACCCAGAUAAGGAAACCCAACAAGGGCGAGUCGAGGGAGCCUCCAAGCAUAUAACCUCUAAUCUAGGUCAUGCAGCCAGAUACGGCCGGCAGCAGCAGAAGCCACGAAAGCAGAAUUAGUGGUGACGUAAUAAAGAGAAGGUUAAAAAAGUCAUCCUGAUGGUUCAAAAGUUGGCUGAAACACUAUUGGCUCUGUGCUAAUUCAGGGGUGUGAUCCUUUAAAAGUGCCAACCUCUAUAUCCUGCUAAGACGCUCAAGCGGAACUGAAAUGAAGUGAUUUGGCCUGCAGAGGAUUUCAAUGCUUGUGUCACCGGCUGUUCUUGCUCCUGUACUGACUCUUUUAUCUCCAAGCAACAGGUAGCUAGCAAACUCAUGAGCUAAAAUAGCUAGCAUCAGGUAACUUCACCUUCAUUUUGGAGAUUUAAAGGAAGAUUUCUUGUUUGUGUCACCAUCUGUUGUUGCUCUUAAACCGCCACUUUUAUCGCUACGCACCAGGUAGCUAGCAAACUCACUAGCUAAAACAGUUAGCAUUAGGUAACCACACCUUCAAUUUGGAGAUUUAACUGAGGAUUUCUUGUUUUUGUCACCAGUUGUUCUUGCUCUUACAUCCUAUUUCACCACUUUUAUCGCUAAGCAACAGGUAGCAAGCAAACUCACUAGCUAGAACAGCUAGCAUUAGGUAACUUCACCUUUAUUUUGGAGAUUUAACAGAGGGUUUCUUGUUUGUGUCACCGGUUGUUCUUACUCUUAUACCGCCGCUUUUAUCGCUAAGCAACAGGUAGCUUGCAAACUCAUGAGCUAAAAAAGCUAGCAUUAGGUAACUUUACCUUCAUCUUGGAGAUUAAACUGAGGAUUUCUAAUUUGUGUCACCAGCUGUUCCUGCUCUUCCUUAAUGUACCGCCACUUUUAUCACUAAGCAAUAGGUAGCAAGCAAACUCACUCGCUAAAAAAGCUAGCAUUAGGUAACUUCACCUUCAUUUUGGAGCGUUAGGUCUCGAGCAAAGAGACAUAAACUCAGAGGCAAAGAUGUGGUGUUGAGGUGGGCCUUUGGUGUCCUCACCAAUGAGUGCAGUGUGCCUGCCUGUUAAUCAAGUUUGCUAUGCCCCAAAUUAAGCAGAACUAGGAAAAAAAUUAUAUAAGUCAUGGACAUUGUGUACCAGGAUUAAUACAAUUGUUUUCACAGUAGAGAUAAGCUUUAUAAAAGAUGGUUCAGCAUGGCAAUAAAAAGAAUAAAACUAAUGCGCAGAUAUGAAAUAAACUGUCUGAAUAAAAGAGUUUUAGUUCUCAACCCCCGCAAGUUUCCUUUCUCAGAGAUUUGAACCUUGCUUACAGGAAUAAACAAGUCCUUUUGGUUCAUUCCUCACUGAUCGCCACAGCAGCCUGAAGGAGCCCAAAUCUCAUGGCAGCCUUAACAAGACCCAUACACUCCUCCCAAUAACUGUGGCCAGCCCCCGGAGCUGUGUGUGUCUCCCUCUGCCACAUUCCCCUCCGCGUCCUACAACCAACAAACAGGGGGACCGGACCAGAUCGCUACACAGACCAUAUGUGUCGGCAGACCACAAAAUGCUGAAGCCAUUACUUGGCCCACUCUAGUGAAAUUGAAAGCAGGAGCCAGUAACAGCAGCAGCAAUAGCUAGUUUUGGCUGAGUGUAUGGGGGCAGUGUUGGGAAAGCCCAGUCAGAUGGUAGUGCUCAUGCUGACUUGUUGACGGCAGCAGGCUGCAGACGGCUGAUGUCUUGUUGUCAUAGCGCCAGCUCCUCCCUCUCAUGACCUCCGGGUGGUGACGUUUGCAGCUUUCUGUUUCAAGUUUGCAAAUGUGUCUGCAUGUGGAUGUAAUUACAGACUCCUACUAAUAGAUGCGCUAUAGCUGCUGUAAUAUUUCAAUAAUGUGAUGCUUAUUGGUGGAAAUUUUUGUGGUAUUUUUGUCUAAUAUGAGGCAUUUUCUUUAUUAUAGGGAUUACCUUCAAACCCCAAACCUGACUCUACCAGCCAGUACUCCCCGCAGAUCGCUUCUGUUACAAAUAGAAGCUUAUGUAAGGUUGCUUUACAUGUGCUGAAAACAUGUACUUAGGCAGUCCUGUCUCAUGUUCAUAUUAUAUUAUUGAUGAAACAUUCAUCCAACCACCAUAUCAGUGUGAGCCGCAAUAGGACUCUCGCUCUUGGCGUUUUAAAAAAUUACAAUAAGAACAGUAUCCUCAUGGCGUUAGCUCGCUGCCCCCAGUACCCGGCUCUCCUCAAAUCUUCAUGCUGCUGUAUGUCCCUGCAGGAACAGUAUGCAUCUAAUGCAUUAGUUCAGGGUAUUGUGUUACAUGCAGCAUACAUCAUGCUCUUUGAUUGUUGGUAAUUUAUGUGCGAGACGUGAUGAUUUGUGGGAAAUAUUUCCUGGUUUUUAAAAAUAGUUCGUUUGUGAAAAAUUGUUGUUGAUUUUGUCAGACGUUUGCUGAACCGUAGAAGUUUUGCACAUGCGGGUGCAUCAACAGGCUUUUGUUCACUUUACUUACUUUGUCUUAAAUCCUUUAGGCUGAGAUUGCAUGGAGACACCCUCACUCUGUAGUUUUAGUGUUCUCCUCGAGCCACGGUGCUCCAAAAAGGGGGUAUUUACAAUCAAAAUAUACCCUCCACUUCCACACUGAUGCCUUCAAGGUGGGUUCCCAUUCUGUUGUGUUUUGUAAUCUAUUUAUUUUUUCUUUAUUAGGUUGAACAGUGGGUGGUGCAUGUUCGUAGGAUAAGGGCUCAUGUAGGAGACUUAUCUUCAAGCGCGCGUCUGUCAUCUGCUGCGGCAGACAGAGUGCUCUUUCAUUCGCUCCAGUGAAAGAGGGUUCACAGAGAUUUAAGGGCCAGCAUUGUUUGUGCUCUGCGAUGCUUAAUCACUUUUGAUUGGGCACCAUAUUAAAACUUGGGCUCGAGAUGGGAGAGAGGCUCUUCGUCUAAAACGAGUACCCGUCGUCGACAAAGAAGGAGCGCCGCUGCCUCACAGGGCGGAUGACAGAGACAAAGAAACUCUGACCGAGUUAAGCCAAGAGAUGAAUAAGAUGAGGACGGAUGAGAGUGGCAUUCUUCAGCAGAGUGAAAGUUAGCACCUAAGUAACUGACAAUAGUGUCUGCACAACACUGUGGCAUCAUUGUGAAGUUUUUUUUCUUCUUGAAACUAAAAUAUCAAGUUUACAGUUAAAAAAAAAACAUACAGGAGUAGUUCUUCAGCAGCUAUGUCCUUGUUUUUUAAUUUUUCCUGGAGUGCAGGUAGUAAAACAGCUCCAAAGUAACCAACAAUAGUGUCUCUACUACUUUUUUGUAGGGGUGGGAAUCACCAGUAGACCACGAUACGAUACUUGGACCGUGAUGCGAUAUUAUCACGAUACUUGGACAAGGAUACUAUAUGAUCAUGAUACUUGGCCCAUGAUGCGAUAUUAUCACGAUACUUGGACCACGAUAUGAUAUUAUCACGAUACUUGGACCACAAUACUAUAUUAUUGUGAUUUUUAACAUCUUGCAAUACAGUGAGUAUUGCGAUACAAAAUAUUGCGAUUUGGACAUUUUUUUCAACUGUUUAGCUAAUUUAGCAUUUGGCUUUCCUUUGUGUUUGUCUUAUUUACGCUGUAUUUUCUAUUCAUGUAGCACAUCUUGCAAACCUCAUAUAUAUUUGUUGUACUAACUUUUUCCUGCUCUGUUAUGCCACCUCUGCCAACCUCACUGGACAAAGAGUUGAUUUUAUGUUUCCAUUAUCAUAGAUCUGACUUCACAUUCGCAAUUAAUCUGAAAAAAUCGAUACAUAGUAAAUGAGACAAUAUGAUAUAUCACCAGACAAAAUAUCACAAUACUUAGCUGUAUCAAUUUUUUCUCCCACCCCUACUUUGGGUGGGUUUUGCUCUUCUUUGAAUGCUAAAAUAUCAAGUUCACUGAAAGGUAGUGGUAUAUAUAUAAGCGUGGAUGUUCUGCAGCUUCGUCCCAGUUUUUUAUCUUCACUUAAGCGUGUGGAGGAAGAUGGCGGCAUAUUCCUAAAGCACUUCACUUUCCCACACAGCCCCCCCCUGCACUCCAUUUCACUGCAGCACUGAUUACACAUAGUGUUUACAUAUUCCAUAGAGCACUGUGACAGAGAUAAACCUCUCCUGAUUCUUAUCCCCUGGCCACAAUGUGGAAACCACUAAGAUAUAAUGUAAACCAAACGUCGCAGCUGCCCUUUCAUGUCUCAAGUGCCAGUUCUGCGUGCUGAGCGGGAAUUUUGAGAGCUUGGCUUUAAGCAGCAUUGGAUAAAACUGAAGUUCAAACCGGCUUUCUUUUUUUUCUUUUUUUUUCCUUUUUACAGCAUCAGGACAGGGAGUGUGUUUUCAGAUCUUUAAUGUGUUAGCACAAUGAGAAGAGGCACUUCUGCUUUAAUGAAUGACCUCAGAUUUGGAUCAUUUUUCAAAAUUAGCCAUUCGCAGUUCCUUCUCGUGAUAACUGAUUGCGGAAAGUAAUGAAAAAGGAUAUCUGACACACGUUGCUUUGCGUUUUGGGAGUGAAUAUUUGUGGCCAGGGACAGGCCUUUGAUAUGAAAUGUGAUUAAUGAACACACAGCAGCAAAAGAGGGGCGCAUCCCCCCGUAAAGUAGGUUGUGGGAUUAUACAGGGUACUGCACUCAGAGGACAUCUUUGCAUUACUGCUCUCCUGUGGCUCUGAAUAUCACUGUCACUCUCUUCCUGCACACUGCAGUACAUGUACGUUAUCACUCUUGAGGUCCUUCACAGUAAAUGUGUCACACAGAAAUUGUACCGGCCUAAAAAUACCCUCGCAUGUGUGUUUCCCGUCGUCUCACUCUUGGAUUGGCUGAGUGUCUGUAGCUACUCGGAUUGGACCUGCACCUUCUGACAUUCAGUUUAAACAUUUGCCUCGUUGACAUUAACACACUCCACGGCCUUUUCACUCGGAGUUGUAUCUAUAGGUUCCUCCACGCUCUUCACACAGCACCUGCACCACACCCUUAUUUGAUGAAGCGCUGAUGAGAGCCAGGGCUUGCCGCAGGGCUGCUGUUCAAUAUACAUAACCUGCUAUCAGGAUACACAAUACACACACACACACACACACACACAUACUGCCACACUUUUACAGUUGAGUUUACAGAACAGACUGUACGACGGUUGCCAAGGUUAACUAAGGGAAAUGAGGUUGCAAUCUUUAUUAAUGAGAAGAGCUCUGUCGAGUUGACCCUGUUUUAACGUGCCUCAGAUCCGACUUCACAGUCAGAAAACUUAACACAGAACUCCACCCUUGAACUUCAAUACUUUAUUAACAAAGAUGCAAAUGUGGGCGUUUGUUUUUGUAACGAUUCAGAUGUCUUCACAGCUGUGACUGACUUGUUUGUCUCUCUGCUUCGGCGUCGACUCUUGAGUUGCCUCCACAAAUCUAAAACUAAUCCACCAAGUGCGAGCUCAUCCCUCUUAAUUUGUUUGCCCGCUUUACUUCCACGAAGAUGUUCUCCAGCGACAUCUAAGCCAUCACGUUGACAACCCCAAGUGACUUCUAAUACUCCCACUGAUUCUCCUCUAUGGUCGCUUUGAUGCUCUUUAUAUUAAGUUCCACAGGGCUAUUUAUUCCCCUCCUCCUCCUCUUGUUUACGAAAGGGGCUUGAUAAGGCUUUCAGCUUGCGGGGCUGAACUUGCAGUCUGCAGAGCGGCCACUUGGGCAAAGCCGAGGCCUACUUUAAUCAAGACAUGAGAAUGACCCACUUCAUCUUAUGCUAAUUUGUUUUAAGGGGAAAUUAGCCAGGAUUGAGCGUGGAGAAAUGUUUUGGUCUUUUUUUUACAAGCUUAUACCAAAGUAAUAUCUAUGCAUUGAAGCAGGCUGUGUUCCCAUAAUUCCUCUGUGGCUUUCCCUCUCUUCACAUACUCUGGAACUCUUUCUAUAGCUUUGCUUUGCUGUUUGUAUGAAAGCCGAACUAAUCUGUUGUAAAGCGCAGAAGUGGCCCUUUUUACGAGGUGCUAAUGGCCUGCUAAUUCUUGGGGAAAGGCAAAGUGACCAAUUCCUUCAGCUGAGUGUUUACUACCUAUUGCCCUUUGACCCCUUUCUGUCAAGGCUAAGUCAAAUCCAAGUUGUUGUUCCUGCGCUAAGAGCUGUGUUUACAUUCUUUUCUGACAAGUGGAUUUGACAGUCCUUAAUGCUGCUUACCAUCACACAUGCGAUCACUGUGCAUCACAGUGACUCACAGUUACCUGUCUUUAUCAUAAAGAGGUAGAAAACACUAUCAUAAGAUCUGUAAUCUUAACAAGUCUGCCAUGGAUUAAGACUGUGUCAGCGGGUUUUACUUACAGGGUAUGGGUUGUAUUGGGAGCUAAAGAGGAUCACCUUAUGUUUUGUUCGCUCCACAUUACAUAAUUAUGUUUAUGUCGCUGUAAACCGUGGGCUUCAGAUGAGACGCCGCCUUCCUUACACAACAUACAGCAAAUCAUUGACAUUCACAAGGCGGCGUGUUUUCUGUCCUAGAUUCUGUUGUUAAAGUGUAAAGGCUUUGUGUGUGUCUGUAUCAUAUCAGAAGCUAACUAUCCGUAUCAUUCAAUUAGCUAAUAACCCGUCCUCUUUCUUUUUUUCUUUUUUUUUUUUUCCAGCAAACCUCUUCAGAUGUAUUUACUAGGCCUUGUUGUCUUUAUGGUUUCCUCUGGCGAAACGUGCGUAAAUAGCGGUGGAUAAAACGAGAGGUGAUUUAGGGGGCCUCGUCACAAUGCGCGCUGCUCCGGCCGCCGCUUCCUACCUUUGUGUGGUCGAGGGCUCAGGGGUGCGGCAGCGGAUACAUGGCCCAGGUCCCGGCAGGCUCCGAGGAGGGAAGGAAACGUGGUGUCAAAGGCGAUCGCUUGCUGCUUCUGUUAUCUGAGCAGCAGACUCUCGCGGAGCGAUUCAGUGACUGUCAGGGACUUCAUGUGUGGGGAAACUUUUAAACCAGACGUAAAAAUGUUACGUCACACUUUUUUAAUUAUUACACAUGCUAAAACAUUUAUUUGGAUCUAAAAAUAAAGCAUUUCCAAAGCAAAAGCAGCACAAAAAGCGCGUCCAGUGGAAACCUUGUUGCGUGUGGACUGCUGCUGCAUGGUUUCUUUCUCCUGCUCCUCUCCGCACAGGCCUCUCCUGUAACCUUGAGAGAAGCCCGCGCAGGCCCCAAGUUCAACGAGUGCAUGAGGCAUAUUUUCGCUGAGCGUGCUUGGACCGCCCCACUAAACCCCUCGACCCCCCACCCCCCUCCCUCCUCACCAUACAUACAGCUUUUUUUUUCCCCCUCCCCUCCUCCUAAAGAGGACUCCCUGUAGGCCUCGCCUUUCACAGCGCCUGCAAAGGAAAUACAUUAUGUGUAAAAAGAAUUCCAUAUGGUGUCAUACGAUCUGUGUAAUUCUCUCUCAAUUGAUAAAAAAAGUCACCUUGUAUGAACAAUUCUGUCCUUUGUGGAGGAGCUUAAGCUUUAGUACUACAUGUACUAAAUUUAACAUGUGACCACUUUUUGUCAAACUAGAUACGAUCAGGCUCCUUAGAAAUAUUAGCAAAUGAAACUGGAUGGAAGCUCUUAUAUCUGACAUUAAUGUCUUACCACAACAAGCCGUUCAUCCUGUUCAAAAGCGACAAGCUGAUAAAACAUAUCACUUCCCACUUCCUUGAUGAAUACCUGGAAGUCGGUUAGAUCCAGUUUUCUGGAGGUGUGGCCAACAUCAGCUGUUGUAGCUUAAAGCGAGGCCUCCCGUCUUGGCUGAGGGGGGAGCGUCUGUGGCAGUCCUACUGGUAGGCUGUUCCAGGUAAAAGCCCUGCCAAGUUCAAGUGGCUUGGACCAAGCCUCUGCACCGCAAAUGGGAAGUGUUUCUGCAGAGCUGCCAACCUUUACGAGGGCUGUGAUUAUAACAUGCAGGUCCUGCCGUGCCUUCAGUGUCAGCAAAGAGAUAGAGAUUUCUAAAUGCGCGCUCAAGUAGGUCCUCAGGAGAAGAAACUUAAGCAGUGAGAGAUGUUUGGAAGGAGCCCUUUGAAUUCCCUCCCUGUUCCCAUGAUGCAGCACUCAAUGAAUCAACCGAAAACCCUUUUUUUGCAGGUAUAUUUUCAUAUCAAGCAUUGUGUUUGCUUCAUUUUUUAAGUAUAAUAGCUUGUGGAUGACAUUAUAUAUUUGUGGAAUUGGUGAAAAGUAAGUCCUCGGUAUGAACUUUGGAGAAUGACGUAGGCAAUAGCGAUGGAAAACACCUAAAGGGGAAUAAUCAGUGCAUAUAAUGACACCAUAAUAUUUCUGUAAACAUUUGGCUGCAGGGAGGCGCCACCAAGAAAGUGAAAAAUCAGUGCAGUGGUUAGAGCGUGCAUACUUUUUGUAUUGCUUGAAGUAGAGUCAUGGAGGGGAACAGUCGUAAAAAAUGAGGGAAUCAAGAAGCAAGCAGGGGGCGCUUUUUUAUAGCGGGGCUUGCAGUCAAAAGACAAUCCUGCCAGAAACAUUACACAUAAAUGUCUGCCUUACUAAACCAAACCACCUCUCUCCUCAUCCUCCCGCAGCUUUACCCCAACCCUGUUUGCCCUCUCACCCGCCCCCUGUUCUCUGUGAAUGAACUUUUGGCAUCUCAGAUAAAGUGAAAACAACAUGCUUGGGCGAGUGGAAAGCAAGGACUGUGGGAGCUGGCUGUGAGGCGGGUGUAAAGGCCCCUGUGGUGCGGCCCUGAGUGGACAAAUCCUAGCAGGCUGAGGAAGUGGAGGAAGGAGUGCUGGGGGGGUAGUGGCGGCGGUGGGGUUAUACGGGUUGGUGUGGUGGGAGGCGGGUUGCAGGGAAAAGCGGUAAAAGGGGAAUUCCUGUUCCUGAACUGAAAAGUGAUGGAAAAAGUGACUGCUAGAUCUCGCUCAUGCUGCUCGAUGUCAAAACAGCCGAGCGCUGCCGUCAUCUGUGCAAAUAUUUCAAGAGAUUAUGGUUCGAGAGCCUCGUGGGAAAGGCUGAAGCAGCGGCAGCGGGAGGACAGCCUGACUUAAACUCGCUUUAAGAUGAAGACUUCCUCUCUGAACUGUAUCAUAGUAAGCGUAUUAUCACCUAACCACAAAAUUCAUGGCACCUGAUUACAAACAGAAACCUGCCAGGUGAGGCCUGAUGACAUGUGUCUUUGUUCGGCGUAUCAUCCCAGAGUUCUGGCUUCAACCCAGAAAUAAUUUGGAAACAAAGACCCUUUACAUUCCCGUCCUAAAUAGCGAGGUGGGACCAGGCUUGCCAUGCCCGAGGACACGGCUUGCCUGCCUGCCUGUUACACACCUUUGUUCGACGUGAUGCUUUCACUAUGAGCCGUACAUUCGAGUCGGAAUAUCUCAACACUUGCGCUGCAUGUCAAUUCAUCCCCAAAACCCUGAGAGGCUAAUGAUGUAACGUUCUCUAACCAUGUGACCGCGUGUGUCUGCCCCUCUGGAUGCCAUGCUUUUGCUGUGACAUUGUUUAUAACUCCCAAACAACAGAAUAUGAAAUUAAUUUAGCGCCUCUUCUCUUCCUUCUGUAAACUGGCGCUGUGCAGCCAAACCACAUGUUGUUAUUGCUGCAGUGGCAGAGGGGGCUGCCCCAGCAGGCCUUAGUAGCACAGAACAGAUUUGCUCUCUGUGUUUUUGCCAGGAAUGUGGAAUCGAGCUCUCUCUCUCUCACUCUCUGGCUGUGAAUACUUGCUUAGCAUGCACUUAAGUGUGAUUUAUAAAUCAUAGGCUUGUGGUGUGGCAAAGGCGAUACUCCAUUAAAGCUGGAAGAUCAGAUUUGCAUCUUGAUCUCCUGUAAUACCGAGAUGUUUUGUCAUGAUUACGUGAUGCUUUGUUGUGGUAAGUGAUGCGCCGUUGACUGGAUCGAGUCUGUAGACGAGUGCGUUUGUAUUGUGCAUCUGGGACCUACAACCACAAAGAUGGGUUUCACCUCAACUGCUGUUAUAGUUUGCGAUCUCCAGACAGUUGGAGGGUCCACGAGGAGAAGAGGAGCUCCUCUGUCUCUGGAUGACUGCCAGCUCUGUGACCUUGUGGCGGGCACAGGCGCUGUCACUCCCUCUUGAGUUAUGUGAGAACCUGUUUUAUGAAGCUGUUUUUUUAAACCACUGCUCUGCAUUUGAGUACGGCUCGCCAAAUGAGCACUUACCUGGUGCUGUGAGUCCACGAGAACCACACACACUUUCCUUUAUAAAGGCAGUGGUUUUUGUGAAAUCACCCCCAUAAUUUCCCUUGUUGCUUGCCCUUACAGCCUCACUCCCUGGUCUUGUGCCAGUGGAGACACCAGAAACCCAUUCCCUCAACAAACCCUCUUGCCCCCUAGCCUCGAUCCCCACAGAUGCUUUGAUUUGGGGCUGGCUCUGACUGCGGGCCCCCUGAAAGCCCAAACUCCAGGCUCAUUAAGAGGGAAGGAGAGGUUUUACUGGCCAUGCGGACGGCAGCCGGCAUUUAAACCAAGAAGAAGCGUCUCUACCCGCCUGCUGAAUCCAAACAACUUACCCCCUAAAGAGUUAAAGCAUCUUUCCAUCAUAACUGCAGUACUGGGAGAAGCAAGUCUAGAAGUGUGUGGGCAUUUUUUUAAACCAUGGCUCCUGUGGAUCUAUACACCUCUUGCCAAGUGGUAGUGGUCUUUGUAGUGCAAAGGUAGAGGCCCAAGAAAAAAAUCAGCUGAGGAUGAUUGACAAGUAUCAGGACUCUGAUAGUGGCACAGAUUACGAUAUGAUAUGAUUCAGUUCAGUAUAAUAUGAUUAGGUAUAGUAUGUUACAAUACAGUAUGAUACAAUGCAGUAUGUCAUGAUAUAUGACAUGAAAAAAUACAACACGAUCACAUACGACAGAAUACGAUAUGAUAUGAUAUGGUAUGAUACAUUAUGAUAUGAUACAAUAUGACACGAUACAAUAUUGUACGGUACGAUAUUGUACGAUACAAUAUGAUACAAUAUGAUAUACGAAAUAAUACGAUACAAUAUGAUACAAUAUGAUAUACGAUAUAAUACGAUACAAUAUGAUACGAUACAAUAUGAUACGAUAUGACACAAUAUGAUACGAUACAAUAUAAUAUAAUACGAUACGAUAUGAUGCAAUAUGAUGCGAUACAAUAUAUGAUAUGAUAUGAUACAAUAUGAUACAAUAUGAUAUGAUACAAUACGAUGCGAUACAAUACGAUAUGAUACAAUACGAUGCGAUAUGAUACGAUACGAUAUAAUGGUGAAGCAGUAUGUCAAAUUGUCUGGGAAAUAUUAUGUCUUAAUUAUUUUUUUUUGUCCGAAAUACCGUGUAAUGUUGAUAAAAAAGAAAAAGUCAUUGAUAUUUUUCUCACUAAAACUAAUGUUACAAACAACCAAUCUUAUUUUUGUGACUGUCAGGUGAUACUUUCAUAAUCAGUUUUCCUCUGUGGUUUUAAAGCUCUAGUCUCUUUUGACUGCUAUGAUGUGUUGAUGCUAAUGUCUUGUGUCAUGAUUGAAUGGUUGUUUCAGAUCUCAACACAAAUUAUUAUACAUGCCAGUACUGCCUGUUUGGUAGUAUCAAAUACUAGUAUUGAUAAUGCAACAACUCACUGGAUAUCCAUGAUGCAUGUAUGACUAACAGAUCAGGAGAAGUGGUGAAACAGCAGCACUAUGGUCAUGAUAGUAAAGAGGAAAACUACAAGACUGUGACAAGACAUUUGCACCUGCCGCUUCAUUCCCUACUGGAGCUUUAAUGGCAAAAAUAAACUGGCUCGACAUCUGUUGGCAAUGUCAGUAGUCUGUUUUUAAGCUUGUAAUGACACAUUAAACUCUGUGGUUGAUUCCCCCCCCUUUCUCCGCCCAAUGUCCCGUUCCAAGGGAGCAGUGCCAGCAAAAUCGUCUGAAUGAGUGCACGCUUUGUUUUCUUUGUCUGUUUUGGGCCAAGAUCUGGUCUUAGAUGUGGUGGCAUUCUAUGAUCGGAUAAUUCCUACCAAGUCCCCAGUUUAAGGUGUGUGCGCAGUCGUGUGUGUUUGUGUGCAUUUUGCCGCUGCUCGCUUGGCAGGGCUCGUAGAGUGCAAACAGUGGCAAUGGGUGGCAGGGAUCCUCAGUGGCCUCUCGCCCAGCUGGAGGAGAGCCAUUUGCCCUGUGAGGGAGCACCCAGUCGCCCUGGCUCGGCCUGCUGCUCUCGCCAGCGGGAACUCCUCUUGGCUGAGGCCUGAAGCCGUCGUAAGCGUUGACAAUCACUGACACAUCACUGGCAGAGGCCUGAGAGAAACAACAUUACACAGGCUUGAGUCAAAAUUAAGUGACUGUGCCUGUGAAAGAGAGCAUAGUAAUCUUCAUCUGUUGAUAUCCAGCUGAAAAGAAGCUUCAUUAUGGAGCCAGAGUAUUUUAUUUGUACUUUAGCCAGUCCUUCUCUAUCUAAAUGACAGUAUUUUCACUUUAAUCAGUUUUAGAUUCACUUUGCAGAUUUCUAAAUUGAAUUUCACGUCAAGUAAAAUUGAACUUUUCCUCUGUGUUUGCUCCAGGAGGUAAGGCUUUCAGGGCAGAAGUGUGGUUGCUGUGAGAUAAACAAAUAGGUGCCACUGCAGUUCCCUUAUCAGUGCAAGCCAGAGCUUCAUCAAAUACAUUAAUAAAACAACGCGCCGAGAACCAGUUCAGUCGCAAACUCCGCCAGCUGCGAGUUUCAGAUGUUUUUCAGGUACGUUUGAAAACCAAAUAAUACAUCAGAUCUUAACUGGAUGUGCUCAUGUGUGUGUGGAAGUUGAAAGGAUGUUGGCAGCUAAGACCAGUUAAGCCUCGCUAGUAUCACCACCAGGCUGUCCCUGAACUAUGAUCUGUGGGCCAACUUGUCUCUCUCGGGAGAGUGGGGAAUUUCCCAGAGCCCUAAAUGCCCCCACCGCCCCUCAUCCCCUCUGUGCUCCCCCCUUCCGAACCAGUCGAGACGUGCAGGUUUGAACCCUCUCUCUGUGUUUCUGGCCUCCCAUGCCCAUUGCCACUCAAGCAGCAGGGGUCCAGUGCAUUUGUCUCAUAAUUAUCCGACUGGAUGGGGGGGUUCUGAAGAUGAAAGAGGCAAAUCACAGAGCUCCUCUGUCAAAGGUCUGUCUGCCCGACUGGGGGGUUUUGGAUCUAUCUCCCUUGUCCUCUCUUUCUCUCCACUCGCCUGCCCCACCACCUCUUCUCCAUCACACACACAGACUUACUUUUCCUCAAGAGUUGCCUCCAUGGAGCAUAAUCGCCGACAGUGAACGCUCGUGCACACCCCCCCCCUCCCUUUUUCUACCAGCCACCCUGCUGCUUCAUUCACAACUACAAAACUGCAGAAAUACCCCCCACCCUCACAUCCUGAAAGACUUCAGACUCUCUUCUUUUUUUUUUCUCCCCCUCACAUGCUCCGCCCACCGACCCAUCGGCUAGCCGCCCACCUCACCCGCUCCCCCCCCAUCCACCUCGCCUUUUCUCUUUUCCACCCUCCCCACCACCACCUUUCUCCUUCUUCUCCUCUUAACUACUGGCUAGGAGUUAAUGGACUGUUUUGGCUAGUCUCCAGACGGUGAGUGUCACCUCAUUAGCCUAUAGCGGCUCGCUCCCAGACUGCUCCUUGUGUGUGUUUGUGUGUGCGUAUGUGUGUGUGUGUGUGUGUGUGGGAGGAGGACUACAACGACGGAAUGUCAUUGGUCUGCCUCCCCCCCACCGACCCUCUCACCGCACACCCCUCGUACCCUCUCCUUCUCCCCUUCCCACCACUACAAUGAAUGAGAAAACACGCAUGCAUAAUUAAAUCUAUAGUCUCGUCCUCACUCCACCCGCCCUUCCCUCCUUCCUCCACAGCCAUGCAUUAAAAAAAAAAAAAAAAAAAAAACGCACCGGCUUGGAAGUUUGCCACCUUAGAAAAAAAAAAAAAGCAGUGUCUUCAAACCACAGAGAUGUGGCCAACCUUCAACCCUUGUAUGGACCUAUUCUCUUUCAGCCCAGCUCCUCGAAUGGCAGGGUGGCAACAGCGGGCGAAUGUAAAUGCCACCCGGUCCUGCCAGUCAAUUACGCCGCGACAAAGCUAAUUGUUUGUUUGGUGCAUACCAAAAAGAUGCCGAGGUUGGCCAUUGAUGGGCCCAUUGUUUCAACGCAGAUGCAAAGUUCUUUUUUUUCUCACAGGCUAGACUUGACGCUGAUUAAACUUGUGAAUGAUGAGACCGCACUUUGAAAAGACGGGAUAAUUCAUGUGGUUGUUUUAAGUGUAAAGACUUUUAGGUGCUACAUCUGGGAAUUUUUUUCCUGAAAGUGUAUUUGUUUUUGUACGUAAGAAAUUAAGGGUCAAGUUGACCUAAAAAUUGCCUGUUUUUCGUGCAUAGUCACAUAUCCAGUUAAUAAUGAGAAAAGUUUCAGAUUCUUGAAGUUUUUGGAUUCGACUCACUUUUUAAACACAAACAGCCUUCUUUUCCAAAUGGACCAUCUCCAUCUCCUGAUGAAACAGAAGCUGCCAGGUGCGGCGAAGGACGUGAAAAGUUUCGUAAAAAGAGGAAAAGAAAGACAAAGUAUCAUAAUUAAGUAAAAGGAAAGGCCUAAUUGUGAGAAAAAGCACAAACAGAGAGAGAAAAAGUGGGAGGAGGUGGAAACAUUAUGUGGGGCACAGUGUGCUGACUGGAGGCCAGCCUGCUCAUUUUUCAUGGGACAGAUGAGCCACUGUGUUGUUGUGUUGUGUAGUUAGUCUGCAGCCCGGCCGCUGACUCCGUGGCACAUGUACAGCACAGAUCAGCUCUCAGCGGGAUGUGGAGUGUGUUUGUGCAUGCAUGUGCGUCAACGUGUGAGCACAACUUGAAGCUGUUUUCAGUGUUUUAGCUUUUGUAUAACUCUGCGUUUGUGCAAAGGUGGCCAAACUUUAUCUCACAAAUUAAAAAGGUGGGGAAGUUGAAUUUACAUGGGUUAACCCUCAUCUGCAUCCUUAGUUUUGUUGCCUGUUAUCCCUUUGUGUCCGCUCGGUUCUUCCAUCUCCUCUCCCGGGCCGGUGUAGCUAAUGAUCCGUCAGGCCUUUCACUCCCUUGUUUAAGGCCCACUCGCCUCUGAAUGCGCUCCCUCCCUGUCCACACUGUUUGGUGACCUCAAUGAGGAGCCUGUUGUCCUCCCGGCUCGGUUAAAACGCUCCCCUCCUUUCACUGCUGUGAGAGUUUACCGAGGAAAAGGCACCGGGAUUGUAUGCGGAGAAAGAAGGCCCGCUCUUCAUCAGCGUUAAUAAUUAGAAACAAACACACACUGAUGUGGUAGCAACCAUGUGUGCACGGAGAUAUAAGUGAGCCACGCAUGUAUACACUGUAUGGCUUCUCAUUGUUCUUGUCUGGGCUGGGAUCCCACUUGAUUCCAUAAGUCUCAAAACUCUGACAGUCCUACUGUGUGUGUGUGUGUGUGUGUGUCUAAGUAUGUGUGUGUGUUCCUCCUGCUCUAUUGAAGAAGUCUGUGUUGUCUGGCUCGGUGAAAAGGAGGCAAAAUGUCAUUGUUCUCACAGACGUUUCAACUUUGCCCCUCUCUUUUUCCUCCAUGCCCUUGUCUGUCUUUUGCCCCGAGUGUGUUUGUGUCUGUGUGUGCGAGUGUGUGUGUUAAUGUGUGUGUAACCCAUCCUACUGUACCUGCAUUCCCCGUCAGUUGCAGUCAUUUGAUAGUGCGGCUAUCCGGAUUACCAGGUGCUCCUCUAAGCCAAUAAGAAACACUCGCCUUGUUUCAAUUAUGAGAUAAUCAUUACAGUGUCACACAGUGUAAGGACACCAUUGGGAGAACAUAGUCAUAGUUUGUCAAAGGGAACACUAUACUCUCCAUUUCUGUAUGUGUAAGGUAUCACUGAUACAGUAGUGGUGCAUGAAAGAGAUCAGGAGAGACACAGUUUUGGAAAUAAGGUAAUGAUAUUAUAUCGGCCUGCACCCAAAAUCUCUGAUAUCAGCACUCUGAUACAAACAGUCCAUUUCAGACUCCACACUGGCACCUCUAUCUAGCAGCACCCUGAUCCAGUGUGCACAGCCCACAUAAUCACAACAACAGUGUAUACUAAGGCACUAACAAAGUAGCAAGGAGUAGGAGUGAUGUCAGCGUGUGGCAGUAUUUUUCGUUAAACCCCAAAAAAGAUGUCAUGCUCAAGUUUAUGCUAAUAUCGGAUCAAUAUCAGUAUCGGCCAAUACUGAAGAAUACAAUAUCGGUAUUGUAUCAGAGGUAGAAAGGUUGUAUCGGGACCCCUAGGUGAUACCUGGUAGGGGUGAUUCACUGAAUUUCACUUAAGAUUUUUUGCUUUGUUGGAUCAUGAUUACUUCUCCGCAUCCGAAAAUUUGAUUAUCAUGCUACAUGAUACAGCGGUAAAAACUUUGACACCACUUGUGGAGAAUGGAGAGUGGUGAAGCUUUGGGAAAGGAGUGGGAGGAGUGGAUGUGUGUUAGUGCAGCAGAGGGACGGAGUGAGCGAGGAGGCCCUGUUUAUACAUACCCAGUUUUCUUUAAAAACAGAGACAUUGCACGUUAGCAUGUAAAAGGUGAAAAACAGAGUAAAACAGAGAUUUGGUUAGCCGAACGCAGGAGAUGUUGUUGUUGUUGUUGUUACUGCUAUGCAGGAUUCUGAUUGGCUGACAUGGGCUUGAGUUUCUCACGACCCUGCCACCCACAUAUUUGAUAUGCUCAUGAUGGCAUAUAUACAUGGGUUUGUGUAAAUGAAAACUUUUUUGAAAAUGUAGUAGUGUGCAGUCAGGUUUUUUUGUAAAUUGAGAGGGGGAAAUGUUCGCCGGGUACAUGUAAACGUAGUCUGAGUGACUGCAGCAAGCAUUACCAAGCUUAGCUAAACAGUGCGCAACAUGUCUAUAUUCCAGAAAAUAUACAUCUAGAAGUGAGUGUAAACAGAGGUUCGAUAAAUGCACAUGAUGCAUAUGUUAUUUUGCCCAAUCAAAAUAAUCAAACCCAUCGAGUAUUAAGUGUCACAAUUCAACACAAGACCAUACUUAAUAAAAUUAAACUAAAAAGUUGUUCAUUUUGGUCGGAGCACAUCUUCUCGUGAGAUAAUACGGAUCCAAAAGUCCUGUGUUCAUCCUCUUCAUUCCCAGUGUCAAUGUCCCUUUUCUUUCCUCAGGUCAGGUGCCAGUGCUUUCAAAUACACCAUGCGUGGGUUCAAUUUAAGAGAGGGCCUGGGAUACCGAAAAUUAGUGUGUGUGCAUGUGUGUGUGCGUUCGUGGGGAGGGGUCGUCAGUGGGGGGCAUCGCCAGUUGGCAGGCUGGCACACAAUGGCUGGCACGAUAAGAUCCUCCCUCUUCUACGGGCAGAUUUCCUCGCCCAUAUCUUUUGUUUGGCUUGUUUGGGUUGCGGCUCAUCCUGAUAAAGGCCACUUUGUUUAGACAACAAAGCGUGAGGGAGGGAGAGAAGAGAGAGAUAGAGAGACAAAGAAGAAGAAACAGAGAGAGAGGGGGUAUUGAAAAAAGGCGGCAAAGGGGGGAAAGCACCGACACAGAUGGAGACAUUAAAGGAAGACAGGGAUCGGUGUUAUAAAAGGGGGAAAAUCAAGAAAUUUGAAGAAAGAUGUAGUGUGCACUUAUCAGCGGAUAAGACGAUAUCUUCACGGAUACACACUGAAUAGUAGAUAUAGACAGAGUCUGGCAUGAAAAGAUACAAUAGGAGACGGAUAGUGUUGCAGGCACAGGGACAGCGAUAGACAGAUAUCGGGGAGAAGAAAGAAAGAUUCGGAGAAGAGAGCAGGUUCUGCCGGCUGUUGGAAGCCAGCCCAAGCAGUGUGAGGUCAUCGACGAAGCUGUGAAUGAUAGAAACCAGGAGCAGAGGAGGACACGGGACAAAGUACACACAAACACACGCACGCAUUCCACACCGGCUCAUGUACAGUCAUUUAUGCGUACUGUCAAGGCUUGCAUGACCCCGUCCUGCGCACAAACACACACACACACACGCACAUAGACAUUUUUGAUUGUGCAUUUCCAAGGAAGGACAAAGUGGAGCCUCCUGCAGCGGAACAGGAAAGUGAAGCAGGAGGACACUAAGCAGAAAGUCUGCUCGGCCACAUCAAAUAUUUACUCAGGAGCAGCUGUAUUGUCGAAACAUUACGCAUCAGAGCUGCUCCGUAAUUAGGUCGAUAUUUUCUGCCCCUCUCCCUCUCUCUGUUUCCCUACUUCUCCGGGAGUCCACCCCUCUCCACCUCUCCUCCACACUCCCCUCCCCUCGCCUCCCCAGGCUGCUGAAAUGCGUCUUGGCUCGGGACCCAUGCCUCUGGCAGCCAGAGUGCUAUACAUGUGCACAGAACCCCGCUCGGCAUAAAAUGGCUGCCAGACAGGCUUCUCCUCCUGAAAUGUCGACAGCGGUAUGCAUCUGCAGGGUGUGCGUGUCGCGCGUGCGCACAGUUUUUUUGUGGAGGAUAUCUGUACGUGUCUGCAAGUGUUUGCGGCCGAGGAACGUGCACCGCCGCUGUCAAAAAAAAAAAGAAACUUUCCCAAACUAUGUGGCUAAUUUAAUCCACACAGUGUGUGCAUGUGCAUGUGUGUUCUGCGAUUUAGUGGGAACAGAACGGGUACCAUGCCAAAAAAUAAGCGGGUGGGUUGGGGAGAGUGUGCAUGUGUGUGUGUGUGUCAGUGUUUUAGUGAUUAUAAAAUCCAGGCGAGUAACACACUUGGGCGUGGAGAAACCUCACAAGCACUGAGAAACUUUCUUGCCGAGCCAGAUUUCUGUUGCCAUUACCCCUAAUUGCCCUAAUCGUUACCGUGGUAUGAUAAGUAUCCCACCGGACAAGAAGGUGUAAGAACUCAUGGACACAUCCAAAAUACCCACAAGCCACCUCUGCUGCUUUUUUCCCCCUUCUUUUUUUUUUUGCUGAGUAACAGCAGAUAAUCUGAAUCAUACGUGGAUCUGUUUUUUUUCGCUUCCUUCAUGAACCGUUUUGUUUAUUUAAACAAGUGGCCGGGGAUGGAGGGUGCCAAGAAAUGUUGUUUUUGGAAAAGGGCCGUGUGUGUAUAGCAGUGUUUAUGUGUAUGUGUGUGUGUGUGUGUGUGUGGUGUCUGGCCUUGUGAUCGAGCCCUGCCAAGCUCCUAGGGCAGAGCUCAGCCUCCUCCACCGCAACUGUUUAUUUACAGGUUUCACUACUGUUUAUUUGAAGACUAUCGGAUUGGCUUCGCUUCUGCACAGGACACCUUCUAGAUACAGAUACCAGGCCUCCCUUCUUCCAAUAUUCCACCUCUUUACUUCUUUAAAUGAAACAGAGUCAGUUCAUCUCUCUAAGAGUUCAGAUUGGGGCUUUAUUUGAAUACCUGUUGGGUGACUAAGGUGAUUAGGAGUAUAAUAAGUGUUGAGUCGGUGUAAUCAUCACAUUCAAAACCCGAAAAAUGUGCAAGCAAAGCUUUAAACAAUGUAAUCAGCCUGAGAGAAGAUGAAGAAGCACGAGGAUGCCCUUCUCGGGUCAAAGGUAAAAUGUAAUGCAACAGGGGGAGGUGUUUCCUGCUCCAGCGCAGGCCUGGCAGAUGCGCCAUAUGCUCGCAUCCCACCUUGAGUCAUCCAGGUGGUCUCUCCUGGUGCUACAGUGGGGCCUCAUGCUGGAAGAAGCUGCCUGGGAUCUCUAAUUGCCACCACCAUCUGCUCUUUUUGUCAUGGUUGCCUGUUCGGGCCUCGAAGAACUGAAAGAGAAAACAAAAAAACACAAACUCUGAUCCCAUCCAAACGAAGCGGAACACCCCUUCCACCUCCACCUCAACCUCCUCGCUCCUUUUUUCUUCUCCUCCCUACCCUACUGUGCCCUUUUCUCUCCCCUUGCCUGUUUCUUUCCCUCUCAGCAGUUCUCGGGGCGCGAGUGUGGAGUUGGCAGUCGUAACUAGACUGAUGGAUGACUCUGAAAGUGGCACUGGGGGUGGUGGGGUGGGGGAGAGAAAGGAGGAGACAGGGAGACAAGGCCGCUGAGCUCCCUGCAAUCACUUUAUGGACAUGUGCUGUGCCAAAUGCACACAAACUCAACCUACACACAAAGACCUCUACACACUGUGUACGUGAAUGUGUGUGUAUGUAGGGGGCAACUUCAGGGACUCAUUGCUUGAUGAAGACGGGAAACUUUGCAUUUUGCUGAGGUCAGACAUUGUCUCGUACUUGUUCACAAGUGUACAACUUGCACUUUAGUGGAGGUGAUAGUACUCAAGCGGUUUUUAGAAACUUAAGACACAUCAUUAUUGGUAAUGGGAUGAUUGUUUGAAUGAUUUAUGACAGAGAAAUGGCGAUAAUUAGACUGGUUCAACUUCUUGUUCAUCAAAAUGUGUUUUUUUUUGUUGAUUUUAUUGAGUUUUAUUUGUUAAAAAGAGUAAAAGAAAGUAAUUUUAAGAGUUUUAAUUUGACGUCUGAGCAUAAUUCAGACAUUUCUGCCAAUUUUUAGACACUGAAAACCAACAAUUCAUCAACUUUCAUGGCUUCUUAUUCCGUGUGUGACCCCCGUAGGACUACAUGAUGAGAAAACACGAGUCAAGCUUGUGUUUUAAGAUGCGAGAAAGAGGAAUAGAUUUGAGUCCAACACCAAAACUUUGUAUGAUACUGGUUCUUUUUUUGGGGGGGACUCUGCAAAGAGGGGAUUUUUUGUCUCCUUAACGUAUGGUCCUGUUCCCUCCCUACUUUGUCAUUGUUGAGCCUCGGCCAAGAACAUUCUGUUUUUGCAGUGCCGUUUAAUAGUCAAAUUUAGGGGAGAGGGAACAAGAGAGAGAAGCAGAGAGACACAGAGGGAGAACAAGAAAGGGAUAAAUCUUUCAACUUUUUUUUCUUCCGUCUUGCACCCCCCCCCCCCCCUUCCCUUCCCUUCCCUUUCUUUUUCCUUCUCCCUCUGCUGCCUCUGUAACACAGCUCAUGAGAGCUGCAGCAGGAAAAGGGGUGUUGUUGCAAGGCGAGGGUAUCUGAGUUCACUGUCUCCCGCUUCUUGUCUCAGCUCUCUCGUGUUAAAGGCGGAGAUAAUAAUCUCUCGGCUGGUUCUCAUUGGGGCCUCUCGCCUCGCUGGCUCAGCGCAUGUGUGGGUUUGGGCCAGUUUGAAACAUUACAGGGGUCCACUCAGAUGCUGCUGGUCACUGUUUGGCACAGCAGCAGCUCUGGGUUACUCCAUGUUCGCUUGUGAGGCUUUCCUAAGUUAUUUUCCUGUCUGAAGUCCAAAAUAGAUUGGAAUCAGACAAUAAUUUAGCCCGUUAUCAGCAAUGUUUUACAACUUCUGCUGCAGACAGACAAAGCCACCUGUGCCUGUCUGUGAUCGGGAGCAGGAACCGCAGAGGACUGAUUGGUUCCCCCUUCCCUGCUUCAAGCUACGUCAGUCCAGGUCGUCUCAUACUCACUCUGCGCACCGUAGCCGGUGGAAAAAAUUCCACACGUGUUUCCUUGUAUUUCCCCACCCCUCCUGUCUUCUUACGCCGUUUUGUUCUUUGCUCGUACCUCGCACAGCAGGACCAAACACAUUCUGUACCCCCCUUACACUCCUACAGCCCCUUUGAAAAAUUACUCUGACGUCUGCCAGUACCAAACUUUUAUAUGAUCCUGAGUCAGACAACUGGGCUCUCUCGCCCUCCCCCCGUUCUUGCUGUUCAAACAGACUUGUCUUUUUAAUCUUUAGUGAGUGGUGAGUGAGCAUGUCUUUGUAUGUUAGAUAAGACAAAAGUCAAGAAAUGCUCUUUGUCUCGCUUUAUGUCUUCACAGAAGAUAUUUAUCUAUUGAAUCAUAAAGUUUGACAGUGACCCCAGUUUGUGGUUGUAAAAACGUGUCAAAGAGUCAAAGGAUGCAGCCUUUUGACCCAGCAACUUGGCUAUCUUUGCUGGAAAUAAUCAAUGCUGACAAGAACACCGUGUUUCAGUAAGAUGGCAUGUUGUAACCCUCACCUCCUCCUCCCACCCUCCCGUUUCUCUGUGUGUUUGCAGACUCACAGCAGUCAGGAAGUCCCAGUAACAAUGAGCCAGGCAAGAGCCCUCUUCCAGGUAUGUACAGUACCAGUCAUCCUCCCUCCUCCCUCCUGUCAUCACUCUAUUGUUCCUCAGCAGCUCGCCUUCCACACAGCGGCCUGCAUGUGCACACCAUAACUUAACUAGUUUAAAUAGUGUUGAUCUGCCAUGAACUCAGCGACUCAAAGCCCUUACUGUAACAAAAAAACUCAACUGUCGCAGCUUAAGUGCAUACCAUAAAGCUGAGUGAAAACCAGUGGAAGCUACAAGUAACCCAAAUCUAAAAAACACAAAUGGGACCAUCUCAACUUUGUAUAUUUAUUUAAAGAAAGUACAUUUAACUGCAUUUAAAGGGGCCAAAUAAAAACUUUAACUCUUGCUGCAAAUUGAAGUUAAUUGUUUUUUAGGAUCCCCAUUAGCUUUUGUCGAGACAAAGCUAGUCUUCCUGGGGUCCAAAACAGAAAAUAAAAACAUUCAUUCAACAAUUGUACAAUCACUCAUCUACAAGAUAAUCAAAAAAAUAAAAAACAAAAACAUGACAUUCUCAGCUCUAUAUAUUUCUUUAAAAAAAAUUACAUUUAACUGCAUUUAAAGGGGCCAAAUAACAACGUUAGCCCUUGCUGUAAACUAUAGUUUUUUUUAUUUAUUGUUUAUUAGAAUCACCAUUAGCUUUUGUCAAGACAAAGCUAGACUUCCUGGGGUCCAAUACAGAGAAUAAAAACAUAACGUAAACAUUCAUUCAACGAUUAUACAAUCACCCAUUUACAAAAUAAUUAAAAUAAAUAAAUAAAAACACAAAUGGAACAUUUUCAGCUUUGUUUUCUUUAAAGUUCUUUUUCUAUUUCUUUUUUAAAAAUAUAUUUAACUGCAUUUAAAGUGGGCAAAUACAAAAAUGACAUAAACACUCAUUCAAUGAUUUUACAAUCACUCAUCUACAAAAAAAAAAAAAAAAUUAAAAGAAAUAAAAUAAAAAACAAAAAACAGAAACAUAACAUUCCCAGCUUUGUUAUCUUAAAAUUUCUUUUUCUAUUUCUUUAAAAAAUAUAAAAGUGGGCAAAUAAGAACAUUACAUAAACAUUCAUUCAACAAUUAUACAAUCACCCAUCCACAAAAUAAUUUGAAAAAUAAAAAACACAAAUAUGUCAUUCUAAUCUUUGCAUAUGUCUUUUAAAAAUAUAUAUAUUUAACUGCAUUUAAUGUGGGCCAAACAAAAACUUUAACUUGUGCUGUAAAUGAAAGUGACGCUUCUGCCCUCUGUGUGACACCAAGUGGUGAUGGCCAAAGUUUUUAACUUUAUUUAGAGGAGGAAUAAAAUGGAAUAGGACCAUUGAAUGUCAGUGGAAGCACAAAUACAGAGAGGUAUAAUCAGAGAGCCUCUCCAGACCUGUAGUGAAAAUGCAUUUGCACCUUUCGGCUGGUAUCUGACUGUGUCAAGGAGAGCAGACUCACCGACAGCGCUGUUGUUCCCCUGGACUGACCUGCGCUGUGUCGUCACAAUGUUGGAAUGAAAAUAGCCGAAGAAGUAUAAUUAGUUUUUUACCUCAAGAGCAGGUUCUGCUGAUACAGGUGCCAAAGAAAACAUGCCAGUGAGCCAAUGACUCAGGCCUUGGAGGGCCUCAGCAGCGGCACAGUUCCCCGCGAAAGCCGUUGGCUCACUGGAGGCAUUAGGGCUUUGUAGGUGCCAAUCGAGCCGCCCGCCUAUCUGUCUGGCAUGGAGCGAGUGCCGCUGGCAUGGCAUCAAAGCCGAGCCGGAGUCAUUUGGGUGUCAAUAACUUGUCUGGCUGUAUUACUUGACUGACAGCCUCUGAUUACUGUUGCUGAGAUGCAGAUCAUACAGAAGGCAACAUAUUCAAAAUAAACACGACAACCGUCGUUUGUUCGGUUUUAAAAUAGAAUCAAAAUCUGGCUUUGUUGACCGUGAGCUUAACCUCGAGCAACCUCACAUUUUCAAACUGAUCUCAAGUUUAAAUACAGCCCUAAAUGGCUCUUUAAGCUGGUUAUGUCCCCUUGUUUUACUGUAUCUUAGCAGUAUUGUCAGAGUCAAUAUUGACAGGUAUCAAGGUUUGCUUGUGUUUUGAAUCAAAUGGGCUUGCUGGUUGCACUCACGGCAGCAACACGAGUCUGAGUAUCAGUCCUCUUCUCCUCCUCGCACACCUGUCCUGUCAGUCUGUGACGCACUUACAGGAAAUGAUUUUGUUUUUUUUAAAGAUACACUGAUUUUUUAAGGUUAAAUCUUAUGGAAACAGAAGAAAUCCGGAUCAUUUCAAGGGCCUUAAAAAUGAAGAUUCUGCAUAUGGAUUUCACUCUGAAAGAAGUUAUUGCCUCUGUUUCCGGUUGACUACUUAAGAUAAUGCUGUAUUGACUUUUAUUUCCCGCAGGCUCAGCAAUAAAACCAAUAAGAUCUUGAUUUUUUUUCUGUUUGUCUUUCUCCAACAGUCUACCUGGAAGACAGCUUCAUCAAAUCAGGAGUCUUCAGUGUUACAGAACUGGUGCGAGUGUCCAGAAGUGAGUACACAGCCGCCGUAUUUCAUGUACACACAGAUAGUUUGUCCUUCACUCUCUCACUCGUCACUGAUCAGACCAGUGCUCAGGCUGGGUGGAGCAAAGUUAGGAAUCAAAUGAGGACACCAAAGUUGUUGUACUUACAAGAAUGUUGAAGGUGUAAGUUUCCCUGCCCUAACAGGUGCAACCUAGUUAAUCUGAGAGUCAGGUAGAUGUCAAUCAGUCGCAGUGUACGCACACCCACACAGCCCUGAAAGGAAGUCUAAUCAGGCAUCUGAAACAUCUUGACGUAUAGAGAUUUCAAGUCUGUCAUCGACUGAGGAUUGAUUUACUUCAAAUAUAGAAAACAGCCGAGUCCUCCAACUGCAGCUUUUCGAAGAAGCCCGGCCAACAACAGAAGAUCUGUUAAUUAAAUGAAAUCCACUGUGCAACCGCGUUGUAGUAAAUCUAGUUUGGCCAGUCUGCUCUGUACAAAGAGAACACACGACUGUGCAGACGUCUGCAUGAGCCUGUGCGCAUCUGUACAGACAUGUCUGCCCUCUGCGAAGCCGUUGAUGGCUGUUCUUCCAGAUUCGAGCGCUCCUGCCUUUAAUAGCUGGGGACCCUCAGGCGCCGUUUACCUGCACUGCCUUUGAGCCGGAGCUUUGGAACGUGCCUACGGUGCACGAAGACGACAGUCACCCCUAACAACCUGUGUUUAAAAGAGACAUACCUGUUCUGUGCCAUGAGGUCUGUGUGUCUCAGUAUGCAUCAGUCCAAGACAGCCCUGAGGUGGUGUGUCAUAACUGUUCAGUGUUGGAGUUACUUACAAUACUGACACAAUCGGAGACAAAACACAUCUGGAAAAAAAGAUUAUGACCGAAGCCAGACAUGACAAGGCGAAUUACUGAAGACACGAGGUUGAGCUUUAAUGCCGUUUUUAAGAAAACGGUCAAAGAAAUCUGGUGUAACAGAGUGAAAUGUGGAUUUGGCACAAAUAAAUCUUCUUUUGCGAAGAUUAUACCAAAAAACAGAGCGAGGGUUAAACAGUGAAAUCACAAGUUUUUCAUUUACAUGUCUGAUGAUAUUAUCUGUCGUUUAAAUAAGAGACGUUAAAACAUGAUUUUUGUUUUAAAAAGGAAUUUAAAACAACAGCGUACCAUGUUUUAUUCAGUGUGUGUGAUUUAUCAUUAUCCCUGUCUAAUACUGUUUAUUUUUUAACAAUAAUAACCAAUUUGUGGUGAAUUUUUAUGCUUGAAAAAAUAGACGCUUCCUCGACAGACAGAAAUUUCUUUUUUUUACAUUGUUUUAAAUUGUGAUUCAAAUCCAAGACAGCUUUCCUCACAGCCGUGAUCGUUCUGUGAAACAUGCUGCAGAAAAUGCUGAGUCUACUCUGGUGUUAUGUGUCGUAUGAUUUAUAUUAAUGCUUGGAGCGUCGGUGAAAAACAUUUACCAAUUUAUAUAUUUGACAAGCCAAAACCGACUGAUUGAUAUUAAACACAGAUACAUCAGUCCUGGUCGAGACUCCUCUGUCGCAGUUUUCUGUUUUCGUUAUUAAAGUGAGAGUGAACCAAACCGAUUCUUUGAUAUCUGAUUGAAAAUAUCAGUCUUUAUGAAAUAAUAAACCGACAUCUCUCUUGAUAAUUGAUUAUCAGCCGAAGACCAUAAAACGACAUCUCUCACUUCUCAAAUGUAGGAACUUCUUUGCUUUUUUUUUUUGUAACUGUAGACUGAAUAUCUUUGUAUUUUGGACAGUUGGUUUGAGAAAACAACUGAUCCGAGGAUGCCAUCUGUGGUUCUGGGGGAAUUAUAAUUCUCUUUUCAGCAUUUUUCACUCUUUCCCCCCACCAAACAAUUAGUCAAGAAAACAAGUAGCAGAUGUUUUAAUUUCUUUAUUUGAAAAAGGGAAAAUGUACGUUUCUCAAAAUCAAACAGAUGCAAACGCACCGUGUUAAGCUGAGAGGCUGUUGUCCUGUCGUGAAAGCAGGAAUGAUCAUAUACACUUUAUGUUGUGUUGAAUUCCGUCACACUGGAGUUCAUGAAUCGGGAAUCCAAAAAAGUGUUAAAAAACUGGACACAGUGUUGGUAAGAGUUGACCUUGUUUGUAUUUUUCUUCUUUGUCAAAGUGUUUGUGAUGUAGAAACUUGGUUGUCAGUCGUAUUCUCUUUUUUUUUUUUUAAAGAAGCUCCUCUCAUGAUGCUCAGAGGCUGAAUCUCCUCUGAAAAAGCCUGUGUUUUUGUUUAGUGUUUAAUUUGCCCCCUGACCAGAUGGCCGCUGCGCCGGCGUGUUUGCUCUCAUGUGACUGAGCCCCGUUUCACUAAAGCCGACUGAAGUCGAGCUGGAAUUUUAAAAAGGUCGACGGACACACAGGAAUUGUCACUCACUCAGCCGGUCACUCCCCGGGAAGAUAUCUAAGCAGCCGCUCGUCCGUCAUCGCGCUUCUCUCCAAACUCUCCGGGCUGUUGAGACAUUCUUUGAAGUCCAUCAAAGGGGGGUCUGUGGAGUUCAAGGCUGACUUGCAAUCCAGCGUUUCGACGGGGACGCUCAUUAAUGCAACAGGAGCCUCAGCUACAAGUGUAGCAGAUAUUUUGUCAACAGAAAUGUGGGCAUGCACGGGCAAAAGAAAAUGCUGAUCCACUGGUGCACUUUCUGUCCCCUCCCCCCGUCCGUACAGUAAGAGGGAGUAAUCUGCUAAAAGAAGCGCUGUGUGGCGAAUGAUUAGCAGCAUCAUUGUUUCUUUGGCUGCUUUUUAAGCUUAAAAGUCAAAGCCCAGAUUAUUAAAUUAGAUGAGUGGCUGGGCAGCCAAGCGGCAUCACAAAUAUUGCGCUGAGCCAAGAAAGGAGAAAGAGAGAACCCAGCACACAGAGACAUGGUCGGGGGUAUCCUCAGCCAUGAAUGAGAAAAAAAAAACCCAAAACAAUGGACUUGUAUUCAGUGUCCUCAGGCCGGAUGCAUUCCUCCACAGACAGCUCAGUGUGGGUAGCAGCGGGUAGGGGACGCUGCCAGGGCCACAGCGAGCUGCCAGGGCGGAGGCUGGCGGAGGGAUCGUGCCAGUGGUGAACCUCAGACCACAACAGACGGCGCCACACACUCCAUCCUCUCAUCGACUCCAAACCGAGCGACCGCUCGAGCUGCAGGCUGCCUCGCGGGGCCACACACUGAACGGAGAGAGACAGAGGAGGGAGAGGGGGAGAGAGUGAGGAUGGGUGGUGGACUCCUUUUGUUCUGUAAACACCGACCGGGCCUCUGCUGAAACAAUAUACCUCACCUUGACCGCAGUGAGAACAACACCUUUCCCCCUCUCUGUAAAUCACUUUGAGAGGAGAUGCUGGGCGUUAUUUUAGGAGGCAGAAAAGUGGAGAAAAUCAUGACGAUAGUGCUUUUAGAUUUGACUUUACUGCUGUUUUUUUUGAGAUGCCACACAUCCAACUAAAACAGGUUAAAAAAGUUAGAUAUCUUAUUCUCUGUGCACCUGUGUGUUUACAAACUAAUUUUAUCUUCUUAUUACUGAGAUAAAUUCAAACCUCGCUCUGAUAUUAAUGAUAAUAUCCAUCAAAACUGAACCAAACAGACCGGUUAAAUGGAGCUAGAGUAAACUUGUCUGUGCAAAAGUGCUUACCUGCAGCCGCCACCACUUUAGGAAGCACUAACUUGUUAAUCUGAGAGCUCAGCAGAAAUGUCUGCGAUGGUCAGACAGUUAACCCGAGAAAAGGGAGCGCUUAAUUUGAUACAGAGUGCCUCUAAACACAAAGCGUCAAUAACAGUCAGUCAAGCUAUCGCGCAAUUAAUUGUGCGUCUCUUGAUGUAAGGCUGGGGAAAGACUAAGUACCGGGCCUGACAACAGUGCUGACAUUGAAGUCCUCCAUUUGCAGUGAUUACAGUUUAACUGUCUCUCUUUGUUUACUCUGUGUCCUCUGCAGUGCCCAUCACCCACGGUGCGGCGGUAAACUUCUCCAUGGCUGACAUGCCCAGCCAGCCCUACUAUCACGACCUGAACUCCAGCGUGGGGCUGCAUCGCUCCCUGUCCUCCCCUCCCGGCAGGUCAGAGGAAUUCAGAUCAGCAAAAGCUUCUUUAAUGUAUUCCUUUUAUUAAAACAGCAAAGCACCAAGAGUGCGCUGGUUCAUUGUAACAUUUAUAACACAAGGGCAGAGCAUGACCGUGACAUCCCUGACAUCUUGCAUUGAUGAUUUUUGAAAAGAAAUUCAAUGAAACAAACUUAUCAAAAGUUUGUUAAAGCUCCUUUUAGGAGUUUUGAAAUGAUUUGUAAGAGACAAGAUUUAUAAUAAUAAUAAAAAAAAAAGGUUAAUGCCUCUUUUUGAGCUACAAAAGGAAGCAGGAACAUGGAAAUAAAAAUGUAUUAUUGUAUUUUCCAGACUAUAAGUCGCUGCGGAGUAUAAGUCGCACCAGCCAAAAAGUAAAUAAUGAAGUAGUCAGAUUAAUUUAGAAGAAGUCAGAUGUCAGAUGUAGGAGCUGAAAAUGACAUCACACCCGAGUCACCAGCGUUUCUGUAACCAAGUCAGUUAUCUAUCAAGUUAUCUAUGAAAGUUAUUUUGGUGCUUGUCUUGUCCAAAUAUAAGCAAAGACAAGGCAAGCUCUAAAAUAACUUUUGUAGAUGUAGCCAUCUUGUUUCCGCCUCCGAUUUAGCUUUUUUCUGACUUGGUAACCGAAACGCUGAUAACUUGGGUGUGACGUCAAUCUCAGCUCGGACUUCUGACUUCCGAGGUAACUUGAACGCAACAUAUGUCGCGAACCCAGCCAAACUAUGAAAAAAAGUGCGACUUUUAGUCCGGAAAAUACGGUAUUUCUAAUCAGAUAUUUGUGAUGCAUGAUGAUGCUGGUGCAGGGUAACUCACAGCAAACAGCAGAAUCACAGUUUUGCUCGAUUUUGUUGACAAAUACCAAAGAGUGAUAAAUUUAACUGUUAAAAAACCGCACAAUUAUUGAUAUUUUUCGAGUGAAUGUAAACAGAGAAGUUAGUAUUUUGUCUACAAAGAGGGUAAGAUGGACACAAACCACAAUUCCUUCUUCUUCUUCUUAUUUAUUUAUUUGAUUAGGACAAUGCACAUUAAUUGACAUGUCAGCAAAAGCAUCAACGUAAAUAUACCGGAGUUAGCAUAAAUGCGAAUUCAUGAACGUAUUUUAUUUUGGUUCAUUCCAACUGUUUUUAGCACUAUCUUUAUACACAUCAUGGAAGUACAUUUUUUUCAUCUUCCAGAAAUAAAUUUGUGAGAAUUUCCCAAAGAGUAGAUCUGCACUUUUAUCCACCCCAUCCAAACGGCCAUAUUGAACCUUGAACUUCUCUAUGUCCCACAGCAAAAGGCCCAAAACUGUCAAUAUGGAGGAGAACAUGGACACCAGCCCAACAGGACCUGACUUCUACUCAUCACCCAGCUCACCAGCCAGCACCCGGGCGAACUGGCACGAUCGAGAAGGAGGUGAUUUUCCUGUUCUUAUUUGACCACCUUUAUUUACCCACUGGAGGUUUUGUCAGGCAUGGAUGCACCCUGUCAGUGACACCCUCCCUCACAUUUGUAAAGUCACACAGACAUCCCAAGUUGGACCUGGUGCUGCUCGACAGCAUGUUCACAGACUUUAAUGAAGGAAACGAGGAUUACUUAAUUCAUAGAUUUGAUCAAAGUGAAGCCCUCGCAUUGUUUUUUACCAGCGGCUGAACUCGAUCUAACUCACUGCUUUGUCAUCAGCUACUGUACAUCAAUGUGUUUCGUCGCGGAUGAGCUGCAUCUGGUUUCUCCACGCAUGAACCUGUUCAACCCUUUUUAAAACACAUACCAUGACAGAGAUAGCCGCAGGCAUCGCCACUCAUAUAAAUGUUUAAAGCCAGGAACUGCUGUGUGAAUGUAAAUUCUCUCGCACCUGUCGUUUACACAGAGGAAACAUUGGAUUCCUGAGUGCGUCCGUUACGAGAACAAACUGUUCCAGCUGUAAUUCGCAGCCUCGGAUCUCAAAAAUUACGACCCCAGAACAGCUAAUGGCUAAAAUAUGUAUUUCACUUACAUACAGGUGCAAGUUCUGAGCUUUCAGAAAGUUAGGCGUGUCCUUGUCUUUCCGUACAGAUACCUGAAACGCCUUUUUAGUUUCUGUUGUCGAGAAAAUCCUGUUUAUAAACCUCAUGUAGUGCUAUUACACCUGCAGGGCAAACAUGUCAUAUGACUCCUCAUCAGGAAACAAGCCUAUACAUCUUGGCUGAACUUGAGAGGAAAGCCCUAUCCUUCGAGUUCUCAUAAUCAUGUGCCAACUUAACGGCACAUAACAACUUAAGGAGGGAAUUAAGACGCAAAGCUCACCUCAUAAGCUCGUAUGUAGGGUUUAUUGGAUCUGCAGAAAGAAAAAAAAAAAAAAAAAAAGGAAAAGUCUGUGUUGUAUGCUUCUGAGCGCAAGAGGAAGCAAGAUCCUCACGGGACAACUUGCAUGUCUCAUUACGUUGUCUCCUGGUGCAGAGCAGAGCCUGUCAACCUUUUAAUUAAGGCCUCACUGUCCCGUGUUUCCGGAUCAUUCUCGCUCUCUGCUGACUUCUUUCCACACUGCUGCCUCUGCUUACUCAGACUGAGACGUAGGGAAACAUUUCGUCGGACUGCGACAGACGGGAAUAAAGUUGUUUUGCAUUCAACUUCAUUUCAAUCGACUUUUUCAGACGAGAGGAAAACACCAGAUAGUUCGCAAGAGACUCAAGCAGUGGUGGGAUUCAACCACAGCCCAAUGUGGGUGCAUGAAAUUUCAGCCUGUCCCCGCGCACAAGGCUUGGGAGUAUCACUCUGCGUAAACUUAGACACUUUGGGGUGAGGAGAAAGGGAAAGCAGUGGGUAAGAAACUCUCCAAAGACAGCCAUUAUUCUGUCAGGAGAGAAUAAAUGAGAAGUGGGGCGAUAUUAAACCCAUAUGAGGCCCGGCAAGUGCCAAGUGGUCAUUUCUUGCACAUGGUUAUCAUUUGACAAAACCUCACCCGUAAGAAGAAGUAGAAACGCUCUCACAGUGGAUUUUUGUGGAUUUAUAUACACCCUUUUAAUUCAGAAACACACCAGAAAGAAGAAGAGUUCUAAUCCAAAUGCAUUAAAACUUUAAGUUAAUAUAUUUAAAUUGUUUAUUCCUGGAAACAAAUCGUCCAGUUUGAACUCCAGACGUGGGUUUAAUCAACAGAAAGGAGGAAGAGUUAAAAAACCUCCGUGUCCUAUUCUUACAUGGAAAAGUUAAGCUGUGAUAUCAAUCUUCCUGAAGGUAUUUCUCCCUCUGACACAAAAAAUGAAAGCACUUAAGCCUGUAUCCUCUUGCAACCUCAGAGUGGGAAAUCCCCCUGAAUUCCAGCCACCUUUGUCGCGCUCUUUCUCCGGAGUCCAGCGAGCCUUCCUGUGACUCGGGCGCAUCCUUCUCAGAGAGGAAAAAGACGGGCGAUACUAUGGAUACGCUUCAAAAACAGGGUUUUCAUAACAUAUUUUAGGGGAAAUUGAUGGAUGAUUUGAAAGUUAUACACCCCACAAAUCUGUUACCGACCAGAAAAGCACUUGAUGGAUGUUCAUAGAAGAAGCACGCGCAGACAUAGGCCAUUGCCCCUCGCAUCUCAUUGUUAUCACGUUCCCUUCAGACACUGCGUCUCACCAUGGAAAAUUGAAAACCGCACAUCCGUGACAGCAGAACAUUGCUCAUGAAAGUGUAGAGCAGCAGUAAUGAGCGACUUGUAGAGUUUGUGCGCUUACUUCCAGUUUAUAGAACGACACAAAAUUUCCAACAAAAACAAGUUCUUCUGCUGAGCCUUUUGGAUUAUUCAUGGGGAAUUACAGGAGCUUGUCAGACGCCGUGUAAGGCCCAGGCGAGCAGAUGUUACAGUGUAAUGUUCUAUUUAAGAUUGCGUGAGGGUUUUGAAAUUCUUAAAUCCUAUUUGAGCAACCGGCUGCUUCACAACCGAGCAUCAGUUCACUGGAUUUAAUUGUCUCCCUCAGACAUGACAAAAGUCACAUUUUUCACAGGACUCAAGUUUCUUGGGGAUGUCCGGUGAUUUGUAAUGAUUCCAGAGAUUACAAGUGAUUCCGACCCUUUCGCGAUGUCUGCUUUUGAAAUAGAGCAUUUUCCCCUGUCUGCUGCUUUUGCCAAAGACAUGAGGCCCUUGGUAAUACUAAUCCCAGGCAGAUCAAAUUCUGCUUGAUUUCAAACAUAUUUCAUUUUUGGCACUUAAUUCCUUUCAUGCAUGAGAAAUGGAAGCAUUAGCAGGAGCUGCAGGGGAGUUUUUUUCAAAGCAACACGACUCAAGUACUCUUAUAAAAAGAAAUCCUUUCUGUGUAUUUUUUUUUAAAGCGAAACACAAGAGAAGUAAAAAGAAAGUCAAGAUAAAAAAGGAAAAGUUUUCCAAAGUUUGGAUGAUGAUUAAAGUAGGGCUGGGUGAUAAAAUGAUAAUGAUAUAUAUCAAAAAGUAAUUUCCCUUGGUAUUGAUAUGAAACAUGGUCAAUAUGCUUUUUGAUAGCCAGCAUUCUGCCGUGCUUUGGUAGACUAAUUGGCAGUUUCCACCACAUCCGAAAUGGCUAUGAAAAGGUCGUAUCCGCUGAUCGUAGCUGAUCAUAACCAUUUAAGUCAGACGCCGGAGCAUGCCAAAUAAAUUCAGUACAGAUUAGCCUGUGCUUCUUGUGAGUACUUGCAAUUCCGUAAUGUACAACGAAAAUUGCCACUGUUUUGGUUGCAGUGGAAACCCCGGGUAAAAGAAUAGCCAUUGAAAAGAAUGGUUGCUCCAAGUCCACACUGCAAAUUAUGUCGAGGGAAUACCUACAAUCUUUUUCACCACCUGGGCAGUGCCACGCGGCAGAGCAUGCGCAAUGCAAAAGUUUACAAACCUUGAGCGGAGCAAGUGCGAAGCAGCCCACGACGCCUGUGUAGCCGAAACAGCCGACCAUUCAGUCCACUUUCUCUAGCACAACAUCUUACGACAAAACAUUAAAGACACAUAAAGACCUCAUAGAUAAAGUUAUUAUUAUUAUUAUAUCUAUAUUGAGUAAUAUGAAAAAAUAUAUCAUUAUAAACUUUUUCCUAUAUCGCCCAGCCCUAGGGUAAGGUAUCUAAAAGGUUAUAACAUGAAAAAUAUUGAUAUUGACUGAUAUGAAAAAUAUAUAAUUAUUAACGUUUUCCUGUAUCGUCCAGCCCUAGGGUAAGGUAUCUGAAAAGUUAUAAUGUGAUAUAUAUUGAUGUUGACUGAUAUGAAAAAAAAAUAUUUUGUUAUAAACUUUUUCCCAUAUCGCCCAGCCCUAGAGUAAGUUAUCUUAAAAGUUCUGAUCUUGAGCCUACAUUGAUAUCUGUGCGCUUCUGUGUGUUUUUCCUCCAGCAGAUAUGUCCUCUCCUACCAUGAAGAAGCCAGAGAAGCCGCUGUUCAGCCCCACCUCCCCGCAGGACUCCUCACCACGACUCAGCACUUUUCCUCAGCCUCACCACCUAACAGGUGUAGGACACAGUGGUGAGUGGCUGCUGAUUCUAACCUCCAGCUCUCAUGAGCUCAUAUCAACGAUUUUCUUCAUAGACGCAGUUGAAAAAUCUAUGCAGAUAGUUCAUUUACCCUCUCAGAUCAAUGAUGAUCACUUUAUGUUAACUCGGUCUCUCUCUACGGAUGCUUCUCUGUCGCUCUCUUUUGCAGUUAUAUCGACGAGGAGCCCCCCUCCACACUCGCCCCUGCAGUUCUCCGCCUCAGCCAUCUUGCCCCCGGCGCCGUCACCUUACUUCUCGCAUACCACCAUCCGCUACCCGCCCCACCUUAACCCCGCUGAUCCCCUCAAGAGCUACGUGCCGUCGUAUGACCCGUCCAGCCCACAGAGCAGCCAGGUCGGUCUUCUUCUUUUUUUUUUUGUUUUGUUUUGUUUUGUUUUUGUGAAGCAUCCAGUUUGCCGGCCAAGAGUAUGAGUCUGGUUUGGCAGGACUUUCGCCGCCUGGAGUUGUCUUUUGUUAUCCCAUCUGACCUCCAGAUUACAAAUAAGACAAAUUAUUUCAAUCCUAUCUCAUCGGUACAAUUGCAAAUAUAUUUUCAAAUUAGCCAAGACUUUUUUUUUUUUUUUUUUAAGAAAAUUUGUGGGUUUUAACAAGUCUGAACGAUGAGUGUAAUUUUAAACCCCAAAUUAGAUGUUUUGAGCCCUUAUGAUGACCACAGUCUGAUUAAACGUGUCCUGUAAAUCCUUUAAUGAGCAUGUCUUUGAAAUUAGCCGUCCACUUUUCCUUUUGUAUAAAAUUGGUUUUAGAAAAGUCUCUAAUUAUACUAGGAGUUAAUUGAUAAGAAUAAUUCACAGAGAUUGAAAUUAGAGUUAAAUUAAACCUCUUUCUGACCAUUUGAUGUGACAGGGAGAGGCUUAUAUUUUGGGUUUGAUAUAAUACUCGUGGCAAAGGUUACAGCGCAGUCCCAGCCUUUUGUUUUAGAAAAGCCUAAAAGAAAACUACUUUAGGUCCAUAAAAAAGUCAGCCUAACUAUCGCAAUUGCAGUCACACAUGACUUACAAAACUGUAUCAGGACUUUGUAGUAAAUCAAACAGCCGAGGGCUUUUAUACUUUGUGGAUACACACAGCGACCAGUGUGCCGGAGAGAGCGAGAGCAGGCGUCUGUAUAGAUGAGAGAGCAGUGUGAUAUUUAUGUGAGUUUUAUAUCCCCGCUGUUCUCACUGUAAACAAAGGCCUCGUAGACGGCUCCAACUCCAGAGCAGGGAGCGGGUUGGGGUUGGGGAUGGUGGGGGGGCGGAGGAGGGGAGGGCUGGCUGUUACUCUAGAGAAAAACCGCGGGGAAUGAUAAAGGUUGUAAAUAUUUGCCGUUGCCGGGGCCCGGCUCUUGUGCAGAAUUAACUGGCCCUCUGCUGGGGUGCUGGAGAAAGAAGAGAGGAGGUGGGGAGGGGAGAGAGGGGGGAGUUGGUGCAGGGCUGGCGAUGUUGGGUCCGGUAGGGAAGCGAGAGCGCUAGAAGACCACUUGGGGGGGAAGAGGGAGGAUGGAGGGGGGGGGGGGAGGUUCGGCAAAUAACACAGCGCUUAUAAUCCCAUGGACGAGUGCCAGGAUGUUUUUAUGCUUGCUUUAACGCAGAUUAUAUUACACUCUAAUUAAACAUUCUAUUCACAUGGGAGGGAACCCUGUGGACACAAUUCUUUUCCAAAAAGGCCUGUUUGAGUUUUGAACUUGGGGCGGCCCUGAAAUGAACGCCCCAGACAGUCUCCAGCCGUCUGAAAGAGUAGCUCCCACUAGCUCCCUUUAUUUCCUUCUUUAUAUAUAUAGUCCCUCUGCCUCGCUCUCUAUACUCGUGCAUUCACACCAUUGUAGCAGGUCACUCCGCAGCUCCCUCUGUCUUUUCACGCCUGAGUCCUCCUAAAUUCCAUUUAUAGCCGCCAUUAAAAUCAUUGUGUAAAAUCAUGUAGGAAAUCCAUCGCAAGUGACGGAGGUUCUAUUGUUACUCCUGCCCCCCAGAGUUUUUAGUAAUAACUGUGACAACACAGCGACUUAAAGUACUGAAAUCUUUUCUUCACACAGAGCAUUAAGUGUAGGAGUUAGCGUACAGUCAGCUUUUGUUGCUGGUUUGAUUUUAUUGAGCUGUGAAGGGGGAAAAGAGUAGUUUACAUGAGUUAAACCCUUGUAAAUAGUGAUGAGUUUUUCAGCUUAUUUAAUGCCUUACAUUUUGAAAAAGAGCAGUUUGUUAUAUAUCUUUGUAUUGUGCACAUUUAUUUGGAUAUUAUUCUCCAAAAUUCAGAUCUUGAGAAAAACGUAAAUGUGUUUUUUUUUAACUGUUGUUACUGUUUUCUGUGUCCCGCCUGCAGCCUAACAGCAGCGGUCAGGUGGUGGGAAAGGUCCCAGGCCACUUCACCCCGGUUCUGGCUCCUUCCCCACACCACGGCACUGUGCGACCCGUCUCGCUCUCCAUGCCUGACACCAAGCCUAUCACCACAUCCACAGAGGGUGAGUCUUUUGAAACCAUCCAGCGCUGAUAUAGCUACACAAAACACCAAAUAGUGCCAAUAAAAUUUUACCAUUUACUUAUUUAAUUUUGACUCGUUAUCUCUUAUAUGAAGUGAAGUGAAUUUAUAAAAGAAUAUCAUGACUCUUUUAUCACUGGAAAUGUUGCCAAGGGAAUAUUGUUGGAAUAAAAUAUGCUCAUUCAUUUAUUAUAAAUUCAAGUUACUAACUUUGGUAAAGUUUAGAGUCUGUUACACAUUUAUUGUUAUGUCAGAUGUAAUUCUGUGAGCCAUGUUUGAACUGCUUCACAACAGGCUGCAAGCUGUUUUCAUCUUAUUUAAGUGUAGCAAGUUUUUAAUAAAUAAUACACAGCUGUUUUCCAAUACUGAUGGAUAGGAGAGAAAUAAGUGCAUCAAAAAUUAAAAAAUACACUUAUAUCUAUCAAACUGUAUAAAAAUACUUUGGUAACACUUUAUUUGAUGCUUAUUUCUAUAAUACAUUAUAAAUAUAUGUAUAAUGCUUUAUAAUCAUGUUAUAGCACUGUAUAUCUAUAGUUAUAAACACUCAUAAAUGAUCAUAAUGCUUUAUAGCAAUAAUCAUAACACAUUAUAAAGCAUUUUAUUAUGACUUACAAGGUCAGGUAUUAUAAUGUGUUUUAACUGUUAACAACUCACUGACAAUGCUCACAUAGAUAAAGCAAUGCAACUGUUAUUAACAGUUAUAACACAUUAUAAUACCUGACCUUCUAAGUUAUGAUAAAAUGCUUUGUAAUGUGUUAUGAUUAUUGCUAUAAAGCAUUAUGAUUAUUUAUGAUCGUUUACAAGUGUAGUUAUACAGUGCUAUAACAUUAUUAUAAAGCAUUUUACAUAUAUUUAUAAUGCUUAUAGAGAUAGGCGUCAAAUAAAGUGUUACCAAUACUUCUUCUGGCAAUGUUCUUGUGAGUAUGUGUGUUUGUUUGUGCACACAUACUUAAUGCCCCCUUGGCACAAAUCCGUGUCCCAGUUUGGCCCCCCAGUGAAAAAAAUCUGGACGUGCUUCUGCUGACACACUCAUAAAACAUGUCCUUUUCUGCAGCUAGCUGACUGGAAAACAAGAUUUGGAGCUGGAGUUCCUCUUUGCUUUAAAAGUAAAACAUGCACUGAAAAAAUACAUCUGUUAAAGAUUUUAACAUUAAUUUUUAAUGACAGAAAUCAUCAAGUAUUACUGGUGGAAACCACAGCCUGAUUGGUGACAAAAUGUAGAAAUGCUUUGCAAUCAGUGUGGCUCUGAACUUGAACCCUGUGGGACUCCACAUGCACAUUUUACCAUACAUUGUUCAUUGACAAAUUACUGACAGGGCACAAGAGCUACACCAGCAUGUCAAAUUCCUGAAAUGCUAAAUGUAACGCUCACUUGUAUUUGUGUUUUUCUGGCGCCAUGUUACCCAGGCUACUCAGCCCCUGGCACCCCAACAGCUAAUCGUUUUCUGAGCACGAGAGAUCCCGCCUUCCUUCACCAGCAACAGGUGAGAUUAUCCCCCCCUUCAGCACUCAGCUCACCUACCCCUUUUAUCCUUUCAUUAUCUGUCCCCCCCAUCUCUCUCCCUGCAUAUCAGAUGAGAAAUCCCUGCCCUCUGCAAAAGCCUGCCACACUCUGAAAUUGAUUUGUAGGGAGCAUUAAAGUGUCUUGUUAAAUGAGAGCACUUGUAGAUCAGAUCAGAGCACUUAUAAGCUGAGGUCAAGCUUAGCGUUCACUUUUGGCAUGUACAUAAAAUAUUUCCACUAUGUAUGACUUUUUUUCGGACCGUUGAAACAUCGCAGUCAAGCGUGCUGAAGACCGUAAUGAGAAUCUAACUCUUUUUCUUUUUACUUUUUAUUUCUGCUUUACUGUUCUGACUUUAUUUGUUAGUAUAAGCAGAAGUUUAAUUUGAUUAACACAUUAAAGAACGGUUCAAGGACCUAAUUUGACCCACAAUUUUUGCAUUCAGGAUUUACUACGUAUCAGUGAUCGAUGCGGAUAAAAGCACAGAUUUGAUAGACAACAAUGUACGCCAAACUAUCUUGAAUUUCCAGUAUUGUCAAACAUAUAAAACAGAGCUGCCAAGCGUCACGCUUUGAAUGUGACAGUCACGCAAUUUGACCCAUUUUCACACCACAUGCCACACUUGACAUUUCUCACACUUAUUUUUCUCCAUUUAAUAAUCGGUAUUUAUUUUUUUCAUGAUUAUAAACUUGGCUUGCUGUAAUUAGAGUAACUCUGAUUGACUGACCGAGAUAACCAAUCCCAGACCAAUCCAUCAGUCAUUAGUGGCUAAAUCUAACCAACCACGGAAGGCACCACGCUAUAUAAACCAAUCAGAAGCAGCGUAAGGCGGGUCUUGGCGUCUCUAUCUUUCACACACAACAGCACCAACAUUUAAAACUUUUCCGACGUAAUGCAAUAUUGACAAUUAAAUGUAUUUUGUCAAAAUUCUUGUUACAAUUUUCAUUUUUAAUUUCUGGUUAAUUAAAACUAGCAUUAUAGGGCAGUGUUGUUUUCGUUGACGAUGACAUUGACGAAAACAACACUGCAGAAUAUAUGUUUAGCGUUUGAUGUUUAGCGUUGUCCACUACUAACGUUUUCGUCUAGUCUCGUCAACGUAAACGCACAUUCGUCUCGUCACAUUUUAGUCAUCUAAGACUUAUGUUUAGCUCGUCAACUUCACGUCUUCGUCGUGGAAAAAAAGGGUUUUCGUCAAUGAAAACAACACUGUUUUAGGGAGAGCAGCCGGCAUGGAGGUGAGGACAUCAGUUUUUAGGUAUAAAUCAACGUUAAAAAAGGCAAAAAAAAAAUUCGCCGAACAGUCUCACUCUUGUCAUUUUCUGAAACUUGGCAGCCCUGUAAUACAUGUUUUGGGGUGUGAAUGUUGAUGUGUGUUUGAGUUACAUUUCUUAUAGUCUAGGGUUGGAAAGGCAUCCUGUUACUAAGGUUACAUUAGGGGAAAAAAAUGAGAGUGUCAGGAAAUGCACUGUCAUGGUGUGGCCACUACUCAGAAGAUGGAUGGGACAUGUGGGUGUCUCGGAGAGUCUGAUGUGCACAGCUCUAUUUCCUCCACACAUAACUUAAGGAACACUCACACACACACACACUCACACACUCACACACACAUGCACUCAUCAUACACCACAUGGAAUCAGUCCACUCCCCUCAUUUACAGCACACAGGAUGAACUUUUAGCGCUGGCGUCACGCGGUUGCCCCAGCAGCGGUCUUCGGACAGAUGUGGCGACCCCGUGCAUGUCUGUGUGUGGGUGUGUUUGUGUGCGUCUGCGAGGUUAGGAGUGUUGCGGUGUUGUCGGAUGGGAGAGAGUGCUCUCCCUCCCGCCCCGUCUUAUUGAGAGCGCUGGUCUCAGGCCAAGGCUUUUCCAACCACAACUAAUUGAAUGCAUCUGCACGCGGCUACAUAAUGAUCGCUGGGUUUCUCCUCAGCUUGAUUUUUUUUUCUCCUCAGCUUGAUUUUUUCUUUUUUCAGUGUUUAGUAAAAAUGACAAAGCCGGCCUCUGUUUCCUCACUUCUCUUUCUUUCUUUUUCUCUCCUUGCUUUUUUGGCUCCCUAUUUUAUCCUUAAAAUCAAUGAAGGCGAAGGAAAAAAAAAUAGUAGAUGAGUGUUUGUCAGCAGUCAGAGGAUGCUUUUAUUUCACUCAGGAGGAGAAAGGGGAGGAGAGGGACGACACACUUGGCUGAUGUCGCACAGUUUGUCUUCCACAUUUUCCUGUUGCCCUGCUACUUAUUGAAGUGGUGGUAAAAACAACAGCAGUCCACGUGACCUGCUGGAGGCCUUUAUUGUCUUGAUUUUGAAGUUUAACACAGCCACUUGUACAAAUACUGUAUGAACAAAUAUAAUGUAAACAUCAAGAAGUUACAGUGGUUUAUUUUUAUAUGAAUUUUCAGACUUAUGUGUUAGCGAAGAGUGAAAUCAAAAGGACAGAGGCUUCAAAUGUGAAAGAGUGAAAGAUUUGCGAGCAGAAGAGUGACAUCUUCUCUGAGAAAAUGUAAUUCUAUAACCACAUGAAUAAAUGUUCUUGUCGACAUAGUGAACUCCAAACAGUCUUCACAUUGAUUCAUCAUGCUUCUGCUUGUCACAGUUGUUUUUGUUUUCUGCGGUAUGAUUUAACAGCCUGAGAUCUGGCCUAGUGGAGCAGGGCCGACUCUGAGCCAAGUCCCUCAGGACUAAACAUUUUCACCCAGUGCUCUGUCAUUGUCUUCACCGGGGCGUUGGGAUGUUUAUUGUGCGAAAUGCAAGGGAAGGCUUACUGACACUCGGGGUUGUUUAGUUUGCAGCCGUUUGUCGCUAAACUGGAGAGGAAGGGGAAACACGUCAUGUACGUUUGUCUGAAGUUUUUUUUUAAGUGUGGUCAGCUGUGUGGACCGUGGAGGUGUGUGUUCUUUGUCUGACUGUCUGUAUGAUGAAUAGAGGCUAUGACUUUCCUGCUGCCUUCAAAGCUACCUUUGAUUUUUUUAUUUUAAACAGAGGAAAAACUAAAGUACCAGAGGACGAAUUAGGAAUACUGGAAUUAGAAAUGGGCCGAUCCAUUUUUUCCCGAUACUGAUACCUGGGCUGAGCAUAUCGGCAAAUAUCUGAUCCCGAUCCAAUACUACUGUUGAAUGAAUGAACUGUAUACCUUGCCCUGUGAGUGAAGAGAUCAGGCUUGACAUUAGCCUUGUUAAAAAAGGUAACAAAUUAACAAAGAUAUAAAUUGAUGUAAUAAUAUUUAUUAACAAAUUGCACAUUAGUACAAAAUGAUUUAGUGCAAAAAGAAGACAGACAUAGAAUAUAGAGUGAACAGAAUCGCUGUGUUUGAUAUUAAUUAAAAGACUGGAUCGGCGUCAUUCAUCAGAUAUCCGAUCCAGUUAAUUUGUCAAUAUUGGAGCCGAUAUACGAUCAAAAUAUCAUGUCGGUGCAUCCCUAACUGGAACCAUUAUUUUCUCUAAAGCAGAUCCUUGAUUUUGAUUUUUAUACUUGAACACUUCAAAACAGCUGGAUAAUUAUAUAAACUUGUCUAUAAAGUGUAAAUAAUCAACUUUCAGAGCAGUGCCUCUUUUCUAAUUGUGGCACUGUUAAAGUGCAGGCUGUAAUCAAACACACACACACACACACACACACACACACAAAUUCAGUCGUCUUCUUAAAUGAAAGAAACAAAACAAAACAACACCAGCACACGCUCCCACACCUGCUCUACGAUUCCCAGGCAGCGAAUGUGUGAAAACCCUCCAUUCAUCUCUCGCCUUGGUUAACCCCUCGAGGGAAUGCCACCAUCUAGCAUUCCGCAGGGAAAGAUCCGUGAUCAGAUGUCAUUUGGUAUUAUCUAAGGAAGGAUCCUAAUCCACAAUCUGCCCGCAUCUGUUUACUAACGUUCCCCGGCUCCGUCCCCCUUUUUCCCCCCGCUGCCUGCCUGUGCCACUCUUGAUGUGCCGGUGCCAGCGGACAGAUGGCGAGCCCCUCGAGGAGCGGUGGCACCGAGCGUCUGGCCCAGCCCGCACAUUCUCUCCCAGCUUUUGUGAGGGCUGGAGAGCGCGGGAGCGUUGUUGAGGCUUAGUCUCCCAACCUUUAAUAAACACAGGGACAACACGCAGGAUGAUGCAUUGUUUGUCACUCCGGUUUUUAUCUGAUCACGUCCAAAUCGAAAGCCUUUUGAAAUGAGCCCCCUUUAGCUUCUACGUCUCUUGCCACUACUUCAGACUUCUUUUUGAAAAUAAAUUAAGUAGCAUAACAAAAACACAUCAGUGUUUUUAAGUAUGGCUUAAGUAGAAACCCAUCAUGGCUCCUGAUGUGAUCGCCCAGGUGCUCAAGAGGAGAAAGAGCACAUUUCUCCACCGCCACAAAUGGCUUUGAAUAUUCAGCGUAUGCGUAUAUAUCUGAUUAAAUCCCUCUUAAGAGCCUCUGCAGAACGUCUGCCGCUGCCUGCAGAGUGCUAACAGUGCAGUUUUAGCCCGAUGCAUUACUAAAUGAAUGUGUUGACCACAGGGCAAGGUUAGGUUGGUAUUGGCAGAGAUAGCUCUCAGCUGGAUUGCCGACACGUGCGCCCGCAUAAUGCAUGCAAAGGAGACACAGUUUGUGUGUGGCUUUUUUGUUGCAGUAAUUUGUAAUCUGUAUGUAAGGUUGGCAUGUCUUAAGAGGGGGGGGGGGGAAUGGGGGUUAGUGUGUGUCUGUGUGUGUGUGUGUGUGUGUGUGUGUGUGUGUGUGUGUGUGUGUGUGUGUGUGUGUGCCGUUUAACUUCAUUGUAAUUUUGACCCCCUAAUCAAUAAAAACAGUUAGCUAAUGAAAAAGAAGUCUGCAUGCUUGAGGGCAUGCAUUCUCGCUCCUGAAUCUUAAAGUGCACUCACACUGAAGCAGCCAUCAUGGACAGCGUGCACGCAUCCCCCCUUCUGGAUCGCAUGUUUUCAUUGGCUCACCGGCUUUAACAGCAGUAACAGGCACAGAAAACAACCAAUAAAACCACUCAUAUUAAAACCAACUAACUCAUCUUUUAUUCCAGGUUAGCUCUUCCCACUAACUCUGACUGCAUGCUUUUUUUCUUUUUCUGUCUGUUUUACCCAUAGCUUUGUUUGUACUGUUAUUCCCCCCUUCAAAUUAUGAAUACACUGAUUCAUUCACUUUUGUUAUGACCAGUUAGGACAAUUCUGGAGUCAUUUGUUUUUGUAUUGAAGCUCCCCCCUUGCUCUCUCUUGCAUGCAUUUUUUGUGUAUACAGUGUUGAGUUGUAGUUGUAAUCUGAAGUUGGAAGUUGUCUUGGCCCAGUGAUCUGACCGCUAGGUUUCAAUUGACAGCUGAGGAAGUGUGACUGGAGCGUGACUCAAAACGGCAGGCAUUAUGGCCCCAGUGCCACUGACGACACUUUGGGGAUUACUUGGCAAAGGUAACCUUUUCAUUCUUUCAUGCCCUCUCUCUCACACCACACCAACACCAACACACACACGCACAUUUAUCCUUUAUGAUUUUCCUGAUUUUCUUACUCCCUGGGAAUAAACACGUACAUACUCGCUUAUAAACACAUUCAGUUAAGUCAAAACCUUUUUGACUUCUGGCAUAAGGUCAUGCUUUCCUUAUAUUUCCAUCUGUCUCUCUCUCUUAUCCAUCACCUUAUUUCACCCUUGUGUUGUUUCCCUCAUUCUCAAGUUAUCAGGAGUGUUUUGACUUUGUGUUUUCCUGUCACAGAUUUCCCCCUGAAUGGAUCUUUUUCUCUGUGGUUUCUCUGUGAUGUUUUAAUGCACCAUAAAAAAACAAAAUCCCCCUAACCGUCGGAAACUAACAGCUUCAUUUUUCUCGUGUCAUGUGGUAAAAAUCAACAAAUUUAUUUAAAGCUUUAUCCCUGUCAGAUUUCUCAUGAUUGUAAUUCAUUGCCCUGCUAUUUUUCAAGGGGGAAAUGACAACUUUUCCACCAUGAUUCACAUUUAUAAUGCGGCUUUUUUUUCUUUGGUACUCAUUCAAAGAAAACAAAAUAUUCCUGUUUCAUAACACAAACUUAGAUGAAGGUGUUUUUUAGACUCACGUUGAAUAAAAGAAGUCAUUUCAGGUCAGCUUUUCAGCCACGUGAGGAUGUUUUACUUUCAACAGGCUUAGCUCUGUCGGACUUUAGGCUGAAGUCAUGCUUGCUAUCUUUAACUUAAAGCUACAGAACCCCCCCCCACUCCCCGUUUCAUAUUGUACACGUCCUCCUCCCUGGGGGGGAAAACCUGAACCGCUUCACUAUGGCAGAGCAAGCAAGCUGAGCUCAGCCUUUUCCUGUUACGUCUCCCUUUUCCCCUUUUCCCUGGAAGUGUAAGUCAUCUGUGUUUGUGUGUAAGACUGUGUGUAUGUGUGUGUGUGUGUGGGGCUCAUUUUGUGCAGUCACAACUUUUUUUUGCAAACACACAUGCACACGGCAGAACCCCCUUCAAUAGGCCUCCUAAUAGGCCAGUGGAGGUAGCAGAGAAAAAUGUCCCUUGCAGCAGCUCGAGGUCUCUUUACUGUACUCACACACCAGCUGACUCCUCCUCUCUCUCUCUUUCUUUCUCUCUCUCUCUCUCUCUCUCUCCUUCAGUAAUGAGCUCAGAUAAAAAAGAUCCUGAAUGAAUUUAGUUGAAUUUGUUAUAAAUCUCGGGUGGUAAUUCUAUUCGAUGUUUCGCUCUUCAAACAUAUAGGUCGAACAAGUCCGAUUUCUUGCGCUCCCCGGUGCUGUCCCCCAAAUUAAAACGCUGCCUGACUCGCAUGUUGCCAUUGUGCAGGAAAUGGGUCAGCAAUCCAUUAAGAUGCCAUUAGAUAAUCUAAUUUAGGGAGCUAAUCCUUAAGCGAAGCACGCUGUAGACCCGGGGUUGUGCUCGCGGGGAGUAGAAUUAGCGAAGUUUGGGAGCUUGGACAGGGCAAGGGGAAGCCAUCGCCAAGGUUAUCUGAGGAAAUGCAGCAAUGGAGGUCAGAUUUGUUCGAGACAGCGCAACAAGUUGUACCAAGAGAGGAUGAGAGCAGAGAGAUGCGCUCGCAAGUGUAGCAGGAUUGUAGAGAUUCACAAAGCAAAAACUACGAGAGUCUUCCUGUCUUUGGGAGGGAGUUUUAAGGACCUGGUUUGUAUUCAGGUGAAGUGGUUUUAAUAAGGCGAAGCUGCAAGUCUCGAUUAGCAGUGAUGGGAGCCUUCAGCCCCUCCUGCUUUGUAAUCCAGCCUGAUAGCAGAUGAGUUUUUACAUAAAAUCUGAUCCACCGCAGCUUCGGACACAUUCUGACAGCCAUCGAUUUUAACAAGAUUAUUACCGACCUGCCGGCACAAAGGCCCGUAAGUCUGCUCUUGUAGUUGUGUGGUCUCUUCCCCCCACCACCCCCACGCCACCCCUCUAAAGUCAGCCAUUACCUGAGAGGAGUUUCAUAAGGAAGGAGAAACACAGAAAAGGAAGAAAAGAAAGAAACGGGAAAAAGGGAAAGCUGCAGCCCUUGGCCACUCUGUGCGCUCUUUGUUCAGCAAGGUAGGAAAAACUUAAUCCCCCCUUUCCUGUCCGACGAUUUUUGGCAGGGGGGGGGAAAGAGAGCAAAAGGGGAGGGAGAGGAUAGCAUGAGGACGAGUCGAACAGAGAGAAAACCGCUUCAGGGGAUUAGGCUUGAGGUUGUUUUUAACUCUUUUUACCCACAGUUUUAAAUCUAAAAUAUUGUCUGUUUUCUCUGUCACUUCUGCAGUUUCAUGGUUAGAUCGAUUGAUUAGGAACACAGAUGAUGCUGUCAUCUAGUUCUUCUUGUCAUCCAUGUUAACACUAAAGAUCUGUUUGUCGUCCUUCUGGCGGAUUUCGUCACUUUUUUUCUGCACGUCGUAAAAAGUUUGGUAGAAAAUGUGCCACACAGGUACUCUCAGACUUAGCAGGGUUGAUGUGGGAGGGAGUCAGAUGAGUGCACACUGGGGGCCUGUGGUGGGGGGGAGAAGGGGUAGGGGGGGUGGAGGGGGUUGGGGGGGGGGCUAAUUAUCUGACAUCUACGUAGCGCAGCACCCCACGGGAACAACAUGCUGUUUGUUCCCACUCGCGUUUUCAGUUAGCACCGUUGCUCCCCAGGAACAAUCACUGUGUUGUUUUGCCAUUAGCGUGAGAUGAAUAGGGAUGGGACAGCUUUGUGUAGGGACCCCCUCCACCCUCCCACCCCUCAGUCUCCCUCCUCCUCCCCCCCCCUACACCAAUCACAAUCUCCCCCCUCAUGCUCUUUCUAUACUGCCAUCAAUGCAGAGAAGAGGGCCUGCGUCACAUGAUGUCCUUCAGUGGGAAUCAAGUGGAAUCACCUCAGCGUAGAUUAACGAGCCAGUGCUGCCAUUUUUCUUUUUCUUUACCCUCUCUCUCUGUGUCUGAAUAAAACAAAAAUAAGACUCCAGCCUUGAUGACUGUCAGCAGAGCAGUCAUGCUGGUCAUUAGAGAAGCACUGUUUAGGAUAAUUGAAAGAAAGAAUCUGAUUUUGACUGCAUGCUGCACAAACAAGUUAAUGGCAUGUGACUAAUCUCUCCACCUCUCUCUCUCUUUCUCUCUCUCUGUGUCUCUCUCUCUCUUUCUGCAGUCCUGGUACCUGGGCGAGCUUAGUUCCAUUCCAAGUGUCGAACGGGACUCCGAUUCUGCCAACAAAUGUCCACCAGAACUACAGCAUAAACAUCAUUGGUGAGCCCCUGGUCUCCGCUGAGACAGGGAACUGAACACACAGAGGCCGGAUGACCCCGCAGGGUGGAUGGGUGGUGCAGAGCUCGCACUCCAGGUGUCCGCAGCCAUGGAUGAAACCAGCAACGCAGCACGAGCUGCACAAUCCUCCCCCGAACCCUUUCCCCCCUUACCCAACUCCAAUCUCACCCCCGACCCAGCUAACUGUCCCUUCCCCGCGAAGGACACCGGCCGCGAAGUGAGGACGAGGGAGUCGCUUCAGAGGAAAGAAAAAAGAAAAGGCUUCAGGUCUGCUGUCUCCUCACCCCCGGCCCCGCCCACACAUCCACCAGCCACCAGUCAGUUGUUUCGUUUGCAGAACUUUUUAGUCCAUUCAAAUACUGUGAUGUACAGAUGCCUUAAUGUUUUAUUGCAUGACACUCUAGGCUCUUAGCGCAAUUCCUUCUAUUUUUCCAUGUUGGGGGGGGAUGUAAGAUCUUGAUUUUCACACACACACACAAAAAAACACACACACACACACAUAGGAGUGAAGAGGUCUGCGCAUCGACAACCUCUGCCUGGUGGACGGCUCUGAGACUCAAAGCUCUCCUCUUAAAAAGAGGCUUUCCCACGUCAAACGAUUCACUGUGUGCACCAUAGGAACAAAAAAAAAAUUGUGAAUUCAGAGUGUUUCUACUUCCGUUUGAUUUCAGUUUACUGUGAUACGACUCUUUGUUCAGAAAAAAUGUGUUGACUUUGCUUAUUCUUUACUGCUACUUACUUAGAAUUAAUGCAAACACUUGCGGUGAGAGUUGAGAACUCUUGAUGCAGUUUUCAAAAAACACUAAAUGUUAGGUUUUGAGAUCGGACCCCUCAUUAAAGAAUUUGCAACUCCUUUCCAAAAGGAUUUAAAAAAAGACGGAGUGUAAGAAAAUCUCGUUAGAGGCAAGUGCAAUUGAAUUUUUGAAGGGAAGCUAUCAGUCUGUCGGCCCUAAGACUCUAAAGGAAGGGGGAUAAAUAUUAAAUGGUGUUAUGGGUAAAAAUGUUUAAGAAAACAUCUGAAAUAAAUUUCAGUCACAUAUUCAUCUCCUCACAUGAGAAAAAAAAACAUCAAGCGUGAAAGGCAGUUGAAGGCAAGCACUAAGCUACCUGUGCAGCGCUGAGCAAAACCAGCACUUCUUUGAGCCCCUCCCGUCAUUAUGCGGAGAUUUUUUUUUAAUUUAUUUUGGAAAAAAAAAACAAGAGAACAUAAGCGAAGAAAUGGGACGCACUUAGUGUGUAAAAAUGGCAUUUCAUGUUCUUAAAAAUGUUCGGGAUAAGAUCAAGAGCAUUUGGCCAUCAGCUUCUAAAGCUUAUGUUUACGAUGAAAAAAAAAAAUGGAAUGCAAAGUAUUAUUUCAUGGAAAUGUACAAUUCAUGCAAAUGUACAGUCAGCUUCUGUGUAAAGCUACAGUUUGUGCAAGGUUCACUCUACAGUGGAAGAGGCUAAAAACUGAAAUGAUAAAUCCAGGUGGUGGCAGAUCCCUGAAAUCGAGAUAUGUGCACGGCAUGUUCACAGCCAUUGCCUCUCCAGUCCAGACAUAUUUAUACGAGGAAAAUCUCCAAUACUCUUAAUUUGCACGAUGACAUAUAGUCCACAUUACGUGCCUUGCCUUUGAAUAUAGAGACAUCACUACACUUGUUUUUGCUGCAUUUAUCAUUAUAGAAAAAAAAUUAACAUUUUUAUGAUAAGAAUUGUUUUGUACUCUGAAUGAAAUUGUUGAUUUUUAACUUCAUGUACUACUCUAUCUCACAGUUACAUUGCAUAUCAAGGCUGUGUAUAGUUGCUGUUUUAAAGUUUGUAAUCAACCAGCAUUUUUUUUUUUUUCCUCAGUAUUUUGGUGGUUUUUCUAAUAACCUGUCAUCUUUUGUUUUUCCUUAUUUUUCAAUUGCUCAUUUGUUGUUCAUCUUCCAGUUACUAUUGUGGAGGGUGGAAUUCAGAAUUAUGAAAAUUAUGCAAUACCAAGUUUUGCCUAUGUAGGUAGUGCUUAUAGAUGCGUCAAUUAUUAGAGGCUAGUUUGGAGAUAGACAAUAUCGUAAUGCAUUUAUUUUGUUGAUAUCGUUGUUUGUCGUUGUUGUUGUUGAUGAUGUUGUUGUUGUUGUGGGUGUUUUCCUUUUUUAUUGACCAAAGUGGGGACUGCUUUCUAUGCAGUGUAUGACAAGGUCUUUUUUUUUCUUCUUUCUUUAGCAUAUAGGCCUACCGAAUGACGGUGAGACGUGUUCCAGUGUAUUUUGAAUUCGGGAGUUUUAGGGGAGGGGCGGUAUUUUUCUAGAAGUACUUAUGAAAAAAAAAAUGCACCCUUGGUCUUUCUAUGGCUGCAAAGUCACUGAUAGGUCUACUGUGACUCUUUUCACUUUCCACCUGGGGUGCUAGCAUGUGACCUUGGAGCUCAUUUUUCACAGGAGAGACGGCUUGACUUGAGUAUGACAAUCAUUUUAAGAAAUCAUUUUCCCUUUUUUUUUAUUUGUUGUAGAUCCCUCAAAGCUGCAACUACGGAUACUGUUGCCUGCUUUUAUUGAAUCCUACGCCGUACUAUUGUAGACGUAACCGAAUGCAAUUCCCAUGUAGAUGCCUUAAACACAUCAGUGAAGUGGCCUGUGACCUGCGCAACAAUCACACACCGACUAAUGCUACUGAGACCUGUCCAAAUCAGAUGCAGACAGGCUCAAGCAAGCCUUUAGAAAGUAUUUUAUAAGUAGAUGAUUUGUAUAAAUGUAUAUAGGAUAUGCACAUAUGUCAAUUCCUGAGAUCCUGUACUUCCCCAGCAGGGCCCCGUAGAGUACGCUGAGGUAAAAAAUUGGACCAGAGAAGCAUGGUGUUGUCCAGCCCCGUAGAAGCUUCAAUAGAAUCCACUAGAAGAAAAAUAUAGCACUUAAAUAGCACAUAAGCAAUCGUCUUCUCCCCGAAUAGAGUGUUGAACCCAGUCUUAAACAAAUCUCUCAGGAGUAAAACAGGGCAUUAUUUGUAACAAUUGUUUUUUUCCAUUUUUAUUGUAAAAAAAAAUAAAAAAUACUUUUCUCACCAAGAGAGAGAGAGAGAGAAAGAGCAGCAGCUGUGUUGCUGCUCUGACACCUUUUGCACUCUUUCCCCUACAAUCGUGAAAGAAAUAUUCCCCUCAGAGAGAUACAACCAAGCAGAGGGCUAAGAAGCAGAAAACAUUUUUUUUGGAAAAACGAAUCCUCAAGUCAAGCUCAAUCUCUCCGUCUUCACCCAGAUUUCUUAUGCAGAAAAAACUGAAAAAGUCACCCCGUUCUAUGUGCACUGUUCUGUCUUUGUUUUGUUUUAUUCUUUUUAUUUUAUUUUUCUCUUUUAAAGAAAAACUAUAAGUGCUUUGCAGCCUUUGGCCAUUGGAGACCCCACUGAAGUGCAUUGUCCCCAAGUGUGUUUGUGAGUGGAUGUGUGUGUGUGCUUCGUGUGUAUGUGUGUGUUGGAUAACAAUGUGUCAGGGUCACUGUGCUGUUGGUGUUUAUUUGAAUAGGAGACUGUACAUAAAGGUAAAUAUCCUGAUUGCGUCGAUAGCAGUAGUCUGUGGGGUUGAUCUCUGCUUUGGCAGCUUGGGUGUUAGUGUGCAUGCGCGCAUGUGUGUGUGUGUGUGUGUGUGUGUGUGUAUGUGACUUGUGAGCUGGACAUGUGAUCGAGUGCCUCUGACACUACACAAUGAGAGAAGAUGAGGGUCUUUUUAUUAAAAAUAAAAGCCUGCCACAGGACAGGAGUUUGUACACUGUAAACUUUCUUGAGAGUUCUUCUCUGACGCCCUUAUUUGUAAAUUUUCAAUUCUGGGGGAAAAAAAAAUGUCAAUUCCAUUUUAAGGAAAAUUCAAUUUGGGGGUCGUUUAUUCGCAGGCUGGAUUUGAGUUAGAACUCUCCAGAAUUCCCCGAUCGAUUGAAUCAAACGUGUAUUCUUAAGUUGUGAAAUUCUUCUAUGUAAAGUCAAAAAGGGGUGGGAAAUAUUCUAUACAGAUCCAUAAAUAUAAAAACAACAUCAGUAAUGAAGGCUUUUUUUUUGUUACUUAUUUUAUUUCUGAUCUUGGUUUGUGCUUAGAUAUUUCCAUUUGGGAAUCACCUUAUAAAUAUUUGAAAUGUUGUUCUUUCAUUAGUGUGGCCAUAGCGAGUGUGAUUGAUCUUUUUUUUUUUUUUAAUGGGUGUGAAUUCUUGUCCAACAAGAUGAUGGUGUGAGUGUGUUCCUUGUAGCAGCUGGGAGGUGAUGUCACUUAACCAGUAAAAAAAAUAAAAAAAAAAGCCCCAGAUUGCACCUGACCUUAAGCGAGAAGCAGGGUAAAAUCUGCAGUGACAAACGUCCUCAAUUUAUCAAAUAAUUUCUUUUAUUAAUUAUUUUUUUCAAUUUUUUAUUUUAAUUUGGUGUUUUUUUGAUUUGUAUUGAGAGGAAAUGUUGCAAAUUGUUGGUGCUACAUUUCAACAUAGUUUGGAGUCUGGUCAAUAUUGAGCGGUCUACUCAGCCAAUAUGCAGACGAUGCACUCGUUUAUCUCUUUAAGAAAAGCAUCAAGGCAUCAGUCAUUUUGCACAUUCCACAUGCUGUCAAUGCCUGAAGUGAUGUGGAAAUAAACCUUCAUUGACACUAAUUAUAAAAACACACAUAAAUUGACUGCAGGUGCUUUGUAUUUGGGUACUUUACCUUCCAGCUUAAAUUAUUCGGCAUUUUCAGGUUUCGGCUCUGUGUUUUUUUUCUUUCUUAACAGGACCUGAUUAUGCCCAAUCAAAACAAUUGUUGAAAAUUUGUGAAAUUCUAAUCAGUGUUCAACCCGUCAGCAGCUUCAAGGCAGAUGUCAACACUCACAACAACAUCAUUUUAGAGAGUAUUAUGUCAUCGGUCACUGCAAUCAUUACGAAACAGGGCAACUUUAUGCAAGGAGGACCUGUGGCACUCAUGCAAUAUGUGUUAUUUCCCUUUUAACUGAAUGUCACACAUUCUGUGGAGGACUAAAGGGUCAGACACACACACACACACGCGCAAACACCCACACACAAACACACACGUAGAGAAAACAGUAGAACUUCAUUUUCAUCCUACAUAAGCAAUACACACCUUCCACAUGUUGGCUAGCUGCUAGUCACUUAGCAUCAGGUUGUUAUAAAACAUGGAAACCAGCAUUUUUACAGGAUGUAACAUUCACAUAUAGAAGACAAAAAGUUAGCAAUGCAGUGCCUGUUCAAGCUGUCCAAGUGUCUGUUGUAUAUAACUGUAAAAUGUGAUAGACUUUCAUAUGUGACAUGAAAAAAAACCUUCAAACACGACAGAAUGUGGCUAACUCAUCGGAAAUAUGCUCUUUAUGACCUUUUUGAUGUUUGCAAGAGGGGGGUUUCUUAAUUUUCAAUUCUCUGCACACAAUGCCCACAUCAAGCUUGUUCAGAAAGGAAGUGUUUUUUUUCUUCUUUUUAUUCCUUUCUAGGAGAAGGAGUGGAGCAGGGGGGUCAGUGCUACAUUCAACAGAGUGAAAGGAUGAAAAAUUGUCUUUUUUUAGAAAAAAAGAAAAAGAUUGGUCGCCAGUUUUCUCUGCAGGGCUGAUUUAUUUUUCAGGUCUUGUGGCACUUUUACUUCCCUCUGCGCGCACAUUUCUACUUCAUGAAUAAAGGUGGAAUUAUAUGAAAUGAACAACAACAACAACACCAACAAAAACAAUAUGUAAACAGUCUCCAGUAGUGAUCAUAGUUACACUGCAAGUGUGUGCAAAGGUCUAUGUAUGUAUCUGAAUGUACGUUUUAGAGGACUUUUGAAAACCUUUUUUGUUUUUUAUCUUUUCAUUGACAGUUUAGGAGCCACAGGUGUCCGUUGUGAACUGUAUAGCGAAGGCCUUGAUAUCCCUUCUUUAUUUGAUUUUAGAAACGCCAUGCAUAAGGCGAUGCCUUCAAGCUGGUUACAUUUGGUGCAGGGGCUAAAAUUGCCACAAGAUUAAAAUCAGUGUAAAUAAAGGCUCAACUUUUUGUGAUUGUUACUGUUAUAUCCAGCCUAUACUGCUAGCAGCUGUUUUUACUGCAGUCAAUUACUGGAAGUGGAUAUAUUUCCUAUGCAAAACUGUUUAAACAAUAAAAUGAGCUAUGCUUCAAAAAUGACUUAUUUGUUAUGUCUCUUUCUUGUGUUUGACUUUGGAUGAUUGCAACACAAGAUCUAAAAAUGGAGGAGUUCCUGUUUGAGGUUUGACACCACAUUCAGCCUGUUUGAAGAAAAGGUAAACUGCCACAAGCUUGUUGGCUGGAAAAACUAACCGCAUUGAAUUAUUCUUCUGAAUUUAGGGGCUGUAUGAAAAUGAUCAAGCUGGAGGGUAGGUUAGGGAAGGUGAAAGGCUGUAUAUCUUCUCCCGACUGGAGGAGGAGGAGUUUGAUUUUUUUUAGAGAGCAGGAGAUGUUUUUUGUUAACUCGCUCUCAUUCCCAAUUCAUUUAGUUUUUCCUCAUAAAGAAAUACAUUUUAAAAAUAAAAAAAAUAACACAUUCAGAUAUGUGGGUUUAGUCUUGAUAGUUUACAUCAUGCUGUCUGGAAGCUGCCUGGGAAAAAAGUAUCUCAAACAUGCUCAUCCAUGUAAUCGAAUCAUAGAGUAAUUGAUUUUACUGCACAGGAUAUAGCACCAAAUAAUCUAAUGUAUUUCUGCUGUUAUAAGUACUGGCAGAAGCCACUUUUUCUGUGGUUAAAACAGCAUUCACAUACAGCUACUCUGUAUUGGGAGGGAAAAAAAGGUUAGUAUUUACCAACUUCUGUUUUCCAAUAUCUUUCAGACAGUAGCAGCAUGGACAGAUCUUGAUUUCCUAUUCGGAUUCAGCCUGUUAAUUUGCUUACAAUGCUUUAAAAAGAUCAGGGUAACAGAUUUUCUCUUAAACGCUGCAAAGUAACUUAGGCGGCUUUCAGGAUCACCUCACACAGGAAGGUUUCUAUAAGCAGCCUGAGAGCCAAACAAGGUUAGCUUCUGCAGGGGUGGAAUAAGGACAGUGUCCGCUCGAAGACGACUGUUUGACGUGAAGUAUUAAACUAAUUGGAUCUCAUUGAUUCUCAGAAGUGUGUCUGUGACAGUUUCCCCCUGAAAGCAAACAUUAGUUUUCAUGUCCUGAAGCGAUCCCAUGACCCAACAUACCCGUGCUCCACUGCGGUAUUACUCCAGCUAAUCUACUGUAAUACCCCAAUCCCUGAGGAAUGGGAGACUGACUGGUUUGUUUGGACCACAGCAGAAUCAGUCUACCGGGACCUCGGAGGGUCAUUUAAGGUAACAUCCAUCUGGGUCACUGUGUCAAGUAUGUGAAGCUCUGAUCUAGUAAGCCUUUCUAAUGGGAUUGAGGACAUUGAAGGAAGCAAAAGUCGGGCUAAAGCGCCAAUUAAGUCUCAUUACUGGCCUCUGUGAUGGGCUCAGGGCUCGGCUGGACACUUGAUGACAACAACAGGCACCAUCAGACAUGCCCAUAAGACCUGGUGUCCUGUCCGAAACAGGGGCGCCCUCCUAAUGGCUGGUUGAGGCACUGCAAUCACAGGCGAAGGCCCACCUGGCUACAGGCACAAACCGGGGUUCAUUUGGCUAUCAUUAAAGAGGACCAACACUGUGGCAGGCUGAUAUAAAAUUACCCGAUCUAUAAUGGUAAUCAUCGUGCCAUUUAUCAAAAUUGGCCAGUUGAGUCAACAUCUGGCUUCAAUAGGGGGCUCUAGUCGGUGAGGGUCUUGGCAGCGUCUUGUACCCUACAUAUUUUCCACUCUCUUUUAUCAAGGCCUUCUGUCAGUGAUUUGACGAAGCUAAAUAGAUGAUGAUUUGGCCCUAUUAUGUUUCGCAGGGCUCAAGCAAAGGGGAUUUGUUGAUUGCCUUUGUGUUUGUCCACUUUUCUUUUUUCUUCUUCCUCCACUCUUAUGGAUCCAGGAGAGGUAACGGCACCUUGUGGUUUUUGAACGUGCGUCUGACUGUGUACCAAAGAGAGGAUGGAGAGAAGGGGGGAAAGCACAGUGAGUACUCUCACACAACUCUGUGAGUGCAGAGGCUGGACUGUUGGACCUGGGCCAAUGCCAGCACAAAGAACUCUGUCACAUCCCCGAGUUUUAUUGGAGGAAUAUAAUAUUCAUCUUGUGUGCCGUUGGAAUCAGGUAAUGAAUUAAUCUGAUCCUUUCGUCUUUUGGCAUCAGAGUAUUAGUGUAAUGCAUUUUAUCUAACAGGAAGUCAUUACGACACUUUUUUAUUGGUCUAUGACAAAGAGAAAGAUUUAUGUUGUUGGUAUUUCUUGCGGACAAUGUAGAGCUCACGAUUUCACAUAAAAAGGAAACAAAACAUUGAUCAAGCUUAUCUCUCUUAAAAAUAGAUUUACAAGGCAUAGGCCUAUGGCUUCAGGCAAUGAGGACUCAGGGGAACAGCUCACUCAAUAUUACUUUUGUGUAUGUUGAAUGUAUGGUGACCAUAUUCUGAAUCCCCAAAAAGAGGACUCUACUAUUUUGUUGUAAAUUUUGAGGGGUUUUCGGGUCGGGUUGAGUGUUUUUUACGUGUGUCUAACUCUGUUAGCCCACACUACAUACACUCUAAACUUCCAUAUAAAACUCCGGACAUGUGAAGGAUUUUAUAAACUACCCAACAAAGCCUCACAAGCUGGACAACCCCCAAAGAAGAGGACAUAUCCGGGCAAAAGAGGACGUUUGAAUCUUCAGCCUGUAGAUUGUUAGCUUAGUUUAGCUUAGCUUAGUUUAGCUUAGGGUACAGACUAAAAGCUGAAAAAGGUAAGGUUUGAAUAACUUUUAACUUAACUUAUAGUUAAAUUUAGCUUUAGCUGUAGCUAAUGCUCAUAUCUACACUCACUUUGUACUCUUAUUUAAUUCAUCACUCCCCUUCAGUUCCAGUAUUUUUCCAAAGCUAGCAGUCACAUCAUCUCUGAUAGCUAGAAGUAAGAGUGGCGUCAAUCUUUUUGUCUCACUUUGCCGAAGCCUCAACACGCACGUCAAACAAUUCAAAGUAAUUUAUGUGAAAGUAGGGUGUGCCUCGCUUACAGCGACUGGGAAGAGGGGAGCGCCUGCCUGGCUGUAUUUGAAGUCUAAAAAGCAGUCUAACACAAUCAAAGCUCACUUAUUGUUUUGUGUUUCAUGCUCCUUCACCGUCCAUCCAUCGUUCCCCUCCAGUUUCAGCUUUUGCGCUAAGCUAAUCUAACAAUCUUCUAAAUGUAUACACCACGGCUAACAAAUGAUAUCAAGCAUCUGGUCCUACUUUCUGCGGAGAGUCAAACAAGCAUAUUCCCCAAAAUGUCAAACUAUUCAAACUAAUAUGACGAUGGAAAGCUGUACUUCACUUGAAAAUAUUUGGAGAUAUCCCAUGGGCAUGAAGUUUCAUAAAAAAUAAAAAAAAGCCAUCUCUUCUAUGAAGUACUAGCUUUCAUGAAGGAACACUCAAGAUCUCAGACAACGGCCCUACAUCAGUUCGCAAAAAUGCAGUUAAAGAGCGCUUGGGGAAUAAAAGAGGCCUGUCUGAAAACGCACUAACUCCUAAAUAGUACUCUGGGCUCUGUGUAUUCCCACACAAAUUUGCAUAAAUUUCAUAGUCUAAGUCAUGGACUGUGGCUGGAGCGUGUUAUUAGUCUAUCUUUAGGUGGUAGUACAGGCCGAUCACACUGAGGCUUGUUGUUAUCUCAUUGAAAGCACCCUGGUAUUACACCCAGCGGAUAGAGAGUGGGUCUUAAGAUCGUGGGAUUUGUUCACAUAUUAAAGCAUGUCUGUUUAGAUGCGCAGAAAGAAACAGGUGUUCAGUGUUUGUGUGCGUGUGCGUGAGAAAGUGAGCGAGGAAGUACGUGUGUGUGUGUCUGCGUGCAGCCCCUGUGAUGUUUGUUUCGAAGGCGUACACACA